AUGCCGGGGGGAAAAAGAGGGCUGGUGGCACCACAGAACACGUUUUUGGAGAACAUCGUCAGGCGCUCAAGUGGUAAGCGAGGCCCCUCUUCUUCUUCUUCCUCCUCCUCCUCUUCUUGACUAGGCAAUGGAGCGGGAGAGCGGGAAGAAAGGGUUAAACUGCUCCCGAAGUUCGUAAAAGCGCCUCCACAUUCCCGGACUUAAGUAAAACCUCUUAAAAGCUGAGGAGUGGUAGUUUCCACAGGGCUAGUUUCUAACCAGAACUUUUAUAGGCAUAUUUAAAGGUGCAAUAAUUAAUAUAUUAAUUCAUCAAUAAAUUUAUUUGUUCGACUCCUCAGCUGCAUCGUUCCUGUCAUUCCUGUCCUUUCAGCACCUUAACGUACCUGGUGAUUUUUAGAGUUCAAGGUGCUGCUCUCAGGGAGCUUGCAAUCUAAAUUUGACUGCGAGGAAAGAUGGACUAGAUGGUAGGGCAAGAUUAGUGGCACCACGGAAAGAGUUAAAGCAGAGGUGACAGCGGGAGAGGCUGAACAGAUACAGCUGUUCCUUGCUGUGUGCUCUGGGACUCUUGAAAAAGUAUGGGCAUAGUGUCGGGGUGUGUGUGUGCCUCCCGUCAUUGGAAUUUCCUCUCUUUGACUGAAGAAAUUGAAGUGGGUGGCUGCAUUGUGGCGAGAGGGAAGAUUUAACAACAACCAUCUCUCCAUCGAUAGAAGCCAGAGGCCCAGAGAAGCCUCAGGGCGAUUCUGUGGUUUGGAACAGAAACCGUCAAACAGGUUAAAGGAUCAGGGGUUAUUAAAUUCUCAUUUCCACCAGCAGUUUACUUUCACUUCUCUCCUGGCCAUUCCUGAAAAUUCCAGCCCCUCUAGGAAUGUAGUUUGGAGUUGAAGGUUUGCCUAUGUGGUGAGACGGAUUAUUUGAUAAAGUGUCUAGGAGUGUCCACAUGUAAGCAUAACGAAAAAAAUUAAAAAGCACACACUUUGCUGGCCAGAGGAAAAUACACUCAGUGUAAAAUCUACAGAAAGAACUCACCCUCAGCAGCACUUUAUGUUAGCAAACCAUUUACGCUAAGUUUGCAUGGUGCAUUACCGUGUGUCUGUGUCUCUCUGUGCAUAAAUGCAGAAUAAGGCAUGAUAAGCUAAGUGUACUCUGAAUUUUUCUUAAUAAUGCUGCCUUUAGAUGAUUUCUGCUAGUAAACAUUUGACAUGACUUUAGGAACUUCAUGUAUGUGGUCAGUUUGAAUGCUAUCAUACCAUAGUGAUUUUUAUUUUAUUUCCAAAUACAAACUUCUUAAUUUUAUCUCAGCACUUUUGGAAUUAGUACCCAUAUCACCUGUGCAAUAAUUUAUGGAACAACCCUCUUUAACCUGAACUUAUUGAUUAACUUAUCAUGUUUGUAUAUCUUACCUUUCACCUGAAGAGCUUCGGGCAGCAAAGAUGGGGUUGUUCCACUUUAUUAUGACUUUGAUGGACAGGGUCGGUUUAGAGGACUGUGUCUCCUAGCUCAAAGCCACCAAGUGAAUUCCAUUGCUGAGGCUGUGGAUCUAUAUCCACUUACCUUGGAGUAAGUGCUAUUGAACUCUACAGGACUUACUUCUGAAUAGUCAUGUAUGGAAUUGCCCUUCAGUGAGGAUCUGAAAACCAGCUUACUUGACUGCAUACCUACUAAUACACACCAGCGGCUCAUACUCUUUCUACAUCUCUUUUCAUCAAUAUAAGCCUUUUAAAAAUACUGUCAUUUAAAUUGUGUUCUAUAGGGUGGUGUGUGUGUGUGUGUGUGUGUGUGUGUGUGUGUGUGUAGAAUGAUAAAAUUGUAGAAGGGACCUUGAGGGUCAUCUAGUCCAACCCGCUGCAAUGCAGGAAUCUCAGCUAAAGCAUCCCUGACAGAUAUCCACCUGACAUCUCCUAAUGUUUUUAUGUCUUUAGACCAAGGUGUAUGUUCAAAGCGCUUUGCCAAAGAGGUUAUGAGGAGUUCUGCUCACCCUGUAAUUCCUCUGCUUGGGAUUCCUUUUAACAAUAAUGUUGCUCGUUUUCCCCCUACCUGUUUCAAAAGUGGCUGAAAAUAUUCCACGCUGUCCCAUUAAUGUAAAUAUGUAAAAGAAUACAGAUAAUCCUUCAAACUGAACUAAGCAAAAGAGAUGACUAGGAGAAACAGAGCCCUAACAUUUCUUAUAUGGGUUUUUAUUGAGGGAUGGCCACCAUUAUAUAUAUAUAUAUACAUACAUACAUAUACAUACAUAUAUAUAUAUGUAUAUAUAUAUAUAUAUAUAUAUAUAUAUAUAUAUAUGUAUAUACAUAUAUAUAUAUGUAUUCUCCUUCCAGCCUUCCUGGACUAUGAAUUCAAACUUAAAUGCAAUUCUAAAAUUUAUUCAUUUACAGAAUUUCUAGGCUGCCUUUCUGUUGUUCAGCAUUCAAGGCCAUUUGGAAACGAUCCAGUGCAAAGCAACAGCACAUUCUAUAAUGAGACAUUGUUUUAUAAAACUUGUUUUUGUUUUUUUAAAAGUGAUAAUUGUUAGCCAAAUCCAGGAAGGUUAGAUCGAAUGUUGGAUUACCCAGCAGGCAGAUUAAGUACAUGUUUAGGGCACUAGCAAAUCAGGGGCGGCGCGCGCACACGCACACACACACGCACACACACGCGCGCGCACACACACACACACACACACACACACACACACACAAAGGAAGGAAGGAAGGAAGGAAAAAAGAAGAAGAAGAAAUGCGGAAAUGUAGAAAGAAUUUUACAUUUGAGGUUUCAAAAAAAGCAUUGAAGUAGUUCAUCAUGGGGAAAAUCUGAACUUCGUUAGUCUUCCACUCAUUGCUCUUCCCCCAUUUUUCUGCAUCAAAAUCAGACCCUGUCAUGCGUUGCACAUGACAUACAUGCAUGUACAUUUUGGCAUACAUGUAACUUUUGUCUCAUUUUGAAAAUGAAAUGUUAUUUUCUGUUUUGGUAUUGUUUUUAUUUUGAAUUACAUUUGUGGGGCACUACAAUCUUUUCAGUGCUUAUGAUCUGUAGAGGUCUUCCUCUGGCCCUGGAUUGAUCUAUCCAUGGCUAGUGGUCAUGCCAAGUGAGACCUGCAACAAAAUGUUACAGUGUGGAGUGCUUCUGUUGAAAGUCAUGACCACUUUACCCCACCCCAGUUCCCCCUCCCCUGGACAAUAAGUAUUACGUGGCCUUUGAGAAUGUUAGGUCUUUGUUGAGUUGUUUGGGGCUCCUUCCUUUAGGGUUUUGAACCCCACUGAUUCCCAGUCUUGCAAGGCCUGAUCCUGCCCAGUCCUGCAAGACUCUUAUGCUUCCCCCUUAAAAAUAAUGAAGUUGCAUAACGAAACAGAGGAUUGCAUUCAGUGUUAGUCCUGCUCAGAGUAGACCCAUCGAAAUUGAUGGGCUAAUGAUGAACUUCACACCCCAUUAAUUUCAAUGGGUCCACUCUCAGUAGGAUUCAACCCACAGAAAAGAAUUCAUAGCAAACUAAAAAUGCACACUCCUUGUCAACCACGUUAAAUGUUGUGUACGGUAGCAAAUUGGUACGAUCGCUUUUUAUUCUUGUUUUAUGUCCACCAGAAGCAAAUCUGAAACGUUCAUGCCAGCAGCACAAUUCAGUUGUAGAUUGCAUUAAGCAGAGAUUGUAAGAAGCUGUGUACUUCAGAGGAGUUGCUCUCCACUCCCCGCCCCGCGAAUAAAAAAGUUACCAAGCUGCAAAUAUGGAAAUGCUUUCAAGCUCUUAAUUCCAUUUAUAUUUUCAAUUACUUUGAGGCUCUUCACGUACACAGCCAGCUUAUGAUGACUGUCGUUACUUUUAAUAAUCUUCUUGAUAUACCACCGAGUGUAAGAAGAGGAACAUGGCUGGAUCUAGAGCAGCUCCCAGUUUCUCUGUAUGUGCAAAAUUUGGUCUUUCUAAGCACAACAGGACUCUGGGGCUUAUCCCGAGAUAAGAGCUUUGGAAGUCACUUUAUAAUGAGUCAGACCUAUUGGUCCAUAUUGUCUACACUGACUUGUUGCAGAUCUCCAGACUGGGGUCUCUCCCACUCCCGACCAGAAGAGAGCAUGAAUUGACCCUGGCACAUCAGCUUGCAAUGCAGUUUCUCCACUACUGAGCUAUGAUACUUCCCUGACCAGUAUAUUAAAAUAGAGCUUGCAUAAUUUGCAGACUGGGUGGUUAAUGGCCUUAACAGGUGGGGAGCAGUUCUUUUGAAGGACCACCUUGCCCUGUAUGUGCCUAUCUAACUGGUUUGAUCUGUGGAACUUGCACUUUGACAAGUGCCUUAUCAUAUUCAACCCACAUUUUAAAAGAGCCAUGCUCAGUUGGUAGAGCAUGAGACUCUUAAUCUCACGGUCAUGCGUUUGAGCCCCAUGAUGGGCAAAAAAGAUUCCUGCAUUGCAGGGGGGGGUGCACUAGAUAACUGUUGUGGUCCUUUCCAAUUCUAGUGAUUCUUUGAUUACAGUGGUACCUUGGGUUACAUAUGCUUCAGGUUACACACUCCGCUAACCCAGAAAUAGUGCUUCAGGUUAAGAACUUUGCUUCAGGAUGAGAACAGAAAUCGUGCGGCGGCGGUGUGGCAGCAACAGGAGGCCCCAUUAGCUAAAGUGGUGCUUCAGGUUAAGAACAGUUUCAGAUUAAGAGCGGACCUCCGGGACGAAUUAAGUACUUAACCCGAGGUACCACUGUAUUAUUUUUUAAAAAACAACACGUAGCUGCUCUUAUGCUUUGAAACUCUCUGCCUAUUGAUCUUAGCACCUUUGCUAUAUUGACUUGGACUCCUGAUGAUUAUUUUUUUCCCAUUUCAGCAAACCUACCCAGAGAUAUAAUUUAGUUGCAUAUAUUUGUUUGAAAACUUUUGGCUGGUUUUAUUGAUAAUUUUACUCUACCUGCAUUUUAUUGAUAAUUUUAUCAAGCACACAGCUUAGAGAGGCCUUUUAAAUAUAUAGAAAGCCAUCGAGCAUCCCUCUCCCCCACCCCAGAUGUGAAUAAAUUAGCACAAAUACACCCAAAAGCCAUUCUGCAAUAAUCACAGUUGCAGCUGCUUCAGUCAUAUCGAUCUCCAUAACAGAUAGAUAUCUUUGCAUUGUGUUGGUUCAUGCAAAUCUGUCCUGGAUGCUUUAGCUGAGAUUCCUGCAUUGCAGGGGGCUGGACUUGGGGUCCCUUCCCACUCGACAAUUCUAUGUGAUUCUAUGAAACGAUACCUGGUCAUAUUGGGACUGGUUGCACACAGAGAGACAGAAAACAACAAAAAUGUUAUGUGAAUUGGCCAUAUAUAUAUAUAGGAAAGGUAAAGGGACCUGUGACCAUUAGUCCAGUCAUGGACGACUCUGGGGUUGCGGCGCUCAUCUCACUUUACUGGCCAAGGGAGCUGGCAUACAGCUUCCGGGUCAUGUGGCCAGCAUGACUAAGCCGCUUCUGGCAAACCAGAGCAGCGCACAGAAACACUGUUUACCUUCCCCCCAGAGCGGUACCUAUUUAUUUACUUGCACUUUGACAUGCUUUCAAACUGCUAGGUUGGCAGGAGCAGGGACCGAGCAAUGAGAGCUCACCUCGUCGCGGGGAUUCGAACCGCCAACCUUCUGAUCAGCAAGCCCUAGGCUCUGCGGUUUAACCCACAGCGCCACCUGCGUCCCGUAUAUAUAUAGUAUAUGUGCACAAAUUCCCAUGCAGUUGGAUGGAAGUUUGGAUGAAUCAAGUCACACAUCUGGUUAGCUGUUGAAACUGUGGAUGCAUGUGGAUUCUAAGGGGGUUGAUGUGCACUAACAAUGUUGAACAACCUGGCCACCGUGUAGAAGCAAACUGCACUCUCUCUUAGCAUUCUACCCCUGAGCUUUGCUAGGUUCAGUCUCUUCCUGUCAGUGUCUUCAGCAGAGAGGAAGGGGUUCUCUACAUUGGCCAAGGCCAGCCAGGCUGGAUGGAGGGGCACCAUUAACCCCCCCUCUUCCCAAGAGCUGCAGAGUUGGGCUGUUCUGCCAGACAGGGAUAUCCCUGUAGCUAUUGGUUCACCCGCUCUGAUGUCAGUGGAAGAUUCACAAACUUACUUUCUUUUCAUAAUUAUAUUUUUAUUGAUUUUUACAUAUAAUUUCCAAAAAUCAUAUAGCAUAUUUUCUUAUCUUAUUCAGUGUUUUGGACUUCCAUCAACCACAUCUAAAGAUUUUUCAAUCUUUAUCACUUAAUCUACAUUUCAUUAUUGCUUUUCAUAAUCCUUAACUAACAAUUCUCUUCAUAAUUUUCUCUGCAAUAUUUCGCACAGUCCUCCUUACAAAACUUCUUGCAGUCCUACUAGCGUGAUCUGUUUAUUACAAUUGCUUUUCAAAUAAUCCAAAUAUUUACUCCAGUCCUCUGAGAAACUCUGGUCCCGCAGGUUUCGAAUCCUUCCUGUCAUCUUAUCCAAUUCUGCAUAGUCCAUUAAUUUCGUCUGCCACUCUCCUUUCGUUGGUGGCUCUUCUUCUGUUCACAAACUUUCUAACUGCGGAGGGAGACAGUCAGUCGUUCCGUUUUGACUGCCACCGCUGUGAAAAUAGGCAGAAAGUUGCUUUGGCUGAGAAUAUCUUUCAGUGCAGAGGCUGGGAGCAGAAAGGGAUGCAGGUAGUGGGAUGGAAGAAAAUGUGUGGAAAUCAAAUAGAUUGGAGCCCUUAUGGUAUGGGAGCCCCAUAAGCGGACAGCUAAAAGGGUGUUGCCUUUGUGGUAGGGAGCCCCAUAAGAAUAGUCAGUGGGGGAGGACAGUGGGUCCAGUUGUAAUAAAAUCUGAGUUUACCUUGUCAUGCUGUAGUCAGUCUGUGCUUGACCUACUUUCCCCUUACUUAUUCCAAGUCUCUCCUCAUUGCUGCAUUACGGAACAGGGCAAAGAGAAAGGACAGAUCAGUUGGAAGAUGUGAACGACUGUAAUUCUGACGUUGUUUUCGGGAUGAUAGUCAGAUGGGGCCACUUUUCAGGAUGCACCAGAGAAUUGGGGUGUUUUUCCCCCCUGUUUUUAUUACAAGUGCUGGAAAUGGUGCAAAGAAGAAGAAAACCCCCCUGUAACACCUGUAGUUUGCAAAACCUCCCAGGAUAAUUGCAUUCACUCUUUCAUUCUGGCCAUUUCCUCAUCCCCCUUUUUCUUCAUGGCCGCAGUCUCCCCCUUUUCUCAAACGGGGAAUUUGCACCAAAGCACCUGUGUGUUCAUUCUGCUUCCGCAGGCCUUGGUUUCUUCAGUUAAUUUGUUCUCUUUCACAGAACCUUGACGCAACUACUUCAUUAUGAUCCCAGAUCUUUAGCACACGAGGUACUAGGCUGAAUUCAUUAGAUGACAGAGAGGGCAUGUGGGUGCAAUACUAGACAUUCAGGGUUACCUUUGGGUGGACUGCGGUAGUGAAAUAAAAAGUCUUGUGCCCAUUUGAGAGGAAGAAAUGCAAAUAAAUGGGGGGAACACACAAAAUUUAUGAAAGAUAACCGGCAUGAAAAUACUCUCCUUUCCUACAAAGCCCCAUAGUUCUUCUCAGUGAUGCUGGGCAUUUCCCCCCAUGUUUGAGUAUUCAUAAUUAAUUAUGCAAAUUAUGAAAAUCGCACUGCCCUUACAUCAUUCCAUCCCAUUCAUUUCAGUGCAAAGGAAGCUCAAAUGCCAAUGGAGAGAAUGUUUUUCCAUUACAUAUCGGCUGUUGGCCGAAAGGAACAGCAACAGCGAAUUCCAAUUUUAUUUGCCGGAUUGAUUUCCAUCCCAGACAUGGGAGGAAUAAGGGGACACCGGUAAUUGCAAUUCCCAUUUCCACUUUCGAUUAGCCACAUUGUCUAUGUUCCUCCUUUGCAGUUGGAGGCAGCAAUGGUGCUGAAAGCCAAUUGCUUGGAACCACAGGAGAGGAGAAGACUUUUGUGUAGGUUUCCCAUUGAGGCAUCUAGUUGGCCACUGGAGAAGAUGAUAUUGGACGAGAUGGGCCACUGGCUCUUAUGUCCUUAUGAGAGCCAGUGUGGUGUAGUGGUUAAGAGCGAUAGACUCGUAAUCUGGUGAACCGGGUUCGCGUCUCCGCUCCUCCACAUGCAGCUGCUGGGUGACCUUGGGCCAGUCACACUUCUCUGAAGUCUCUCAGCCCCACUCACCUCACAGAGUGUUUGUUGUGGGGGAGGAAGGGAAAGGAGAUUGUUAGCCGCUUUGAGACUCCUUCAAGUAGUGAUAAAGCGGGAUAUCAAAUCCAAACUCUUCUAUGGGAUGGACAACAUCCCAUAUCUCCUUUUAAAUGUGUUUGUGGGAGGCAGGCCACUGGUUUUUGCUUUUAUUAUAUAUCUUGUGGUUUUUAUCUUGCAUUUUGAUGUUCUGAACCACCCUGCAAUCCAUGGAUGAAGGGUGGUAUACAGAUUUAAUAAAUAAAUACGUCUGCAGACCUCAGUCAUUUCUGCUCCCCUUUCCACUUUCACCCUGCUCAGUGCUCUGUGCAUAGCACUUUGUCCAAAAUGAGCAGAAACAGGACAAAUUGUGUUAAGAAGCACAUAUUUGUAUUCUGUUUUAAGGUUACUGGUAAAUUCUCAGUGUAGAAUUUAGGUUACCUUGGUAGGUAAUUUUGGAAUAAUAAUAAUAAUAAAUACAGCCCAGAGUCCUUUUUUUUACAUUAGGUUUGUUCCACAUUGUGCUGAACACAGGUAGAGGCCAUCUCUCUCUCUCUAUACAUGUGUGUGGUGCCAAUUAGUACAGCUCAGCUAUUUGUGCACACAGACUGCACACUCGUCGAGCCUAAUAUAUGAACACCCCGAUUCUGUCUGGGCAACCAAUGUUUUCAAUCUUAAAGGUAAAGGGACCCCUGACCAUUAGGGCUUGCUUUAUUGGCCGAGGGAGCCGGAGAACAGCUUCCGGGUCAUGUGGCCAGCAUGACUAAGCCGCUUCUGGCGAACCAGAGCAGCGCACGGAAACGCCGUUUACCUUCCCGCCAGAGCAGUACCUAUUUAUCUACUUGCACUUUGAUGUGCUUUCGAACUGCUAGGUUGGCAGGAGCAUGCACCGAGCAACGGGAGCUCACCCCGUCGUGGGGAUUCAAACCGCUGACCUUCUGAUUGGCAAGACUGGUUUAACCCACAGCACCACCUGCGUCCCUUUUCAAUCUUAGGACACUUUUAAACCAGAAUAAAUCCCAUCAGUGCCAUGCAGUGGUGUAAUCUCUAUUGCAAUGCAUGCUUUGGUGGCAGUGAUGAAGUCUCUGGGUAGUGAUGGGUUGAUGCAUCCUGGUGUCCCAGAAGGGCAAGGCGAAGGGCGACAGCAGAAGUUCAUGGGAGGGGUUCACUGGCUAAAUAUCAGCUCCCACCAUUGAGCACCACUGAACAAGGGAGAGAGUGCCAGCAGCCUUUCUGGAAUGGAAUCGGGAGGAAGUAGCAGAUAAACCUCGACAGCUAUGUCAGCAACAUGCAAGGAUGCAGCUGCAGAGUGGAUAGCAGUGCCUGGAACAGGUUCAGAUUGUGACACUGCUGGUCCCUUCCAGACUCUGCUGCCCAUCCAAUAGGCACCCGCAUCAGAGGCGUAGCAGUGUCAGGUGGUACCCGGUGCAGAAUUUUUUGGCAGCCCCCCCUCUAAUUGAAAUUAUUAAAAGAAGGAAAAAUAAGAUACUUACAAUUGCAAGUGUUAUUUUCUGGUUUAUUUACUUAACAUUGUGAGCAUAAGCACUUAAAACUCCCCCCUACCUUUGUUCUCACACCCCACCUCUCCUCCUGUGUCUUCCAGGGUUUGAGUCCUGAGUUGAGGGAGCUUUUGCUUGUCUGCUUCUCUCCCUUCUCUGCUUGUUUGCUCGCCUGCCUCCUUCCCGUCCUCUGCCUGCCUGUCUGCCUGCUUCCUCCAGCAAGUAACCAAACAAUUUAACCCCUCUGUUUCAAACAAUAGUCAGGCAACACGAUGACCACAUACAAUGAUACGAUAUCAAUAUACACUCUUUAUAUAAUAUGAAAUAUAUGAAAUCACAUAAACAGAAAACUUAUGAAUCUCUGAAAGUCACAAAAUAUGCACUCUUAAUGAUUAUAUAAAGGUAAAGGUAAAGGUACCCCUGACUGUUAGGUCCAGUUGCGGACGACUCUGGGGUUGCUAUGCUCAUCUCGCUCUAUAGGCCGAGGGAGACAGCAUUUGUCCACAGACAGCUUCCGGGUCAUGUGGCCAGCAUGACUAACCCGCUUCUGCCGAACAAGAGCAGCGCACGGAAAUGUCGUUUACCUUCCCGCCAGAGUGGUACCUAUUUAUCUACUUGCACUUUGACGUGCUUUCAAACUGCUAGGUUGGCAGGAGCAGGGACAGAGCAGUGAGAGCUCACCCCAUCGCAGGGAUUCGAACCGCCGACCUUCUGAUCGGCAAGUCCUAGGCUCUGUGGUUUAACCAUUAGGACGCACCACCCUAUAAUGAUUAUAUAUGAUUAUAUAAAGAGUGUAUAUUGAUAUCGUAUCAUUGUAUUUGGUCAUCGUGUUGCCUUGGGUAUUACUGCCUCCUCCAGCAGCCCAGGAGUGCAGGGCAAUGGCAGGCCACCCGCCCCCGACUCCCAAGCCUCCCCCGAGCUGUCAAAACGAAGGGGGAAGGGGGGGAGGCCACUGGCAAAGCGGCGCAGCUCCCUCCCUUCCCCCAAUGGCUUGGUGUAGGCUUGGGAGUUGCGGGGCGGGCAGUGCCCCGAAUGUCACCCACUCAGUGAUGACAUCCGGGGCAAUCCACCCCACUGCACCCCCUUCCUACACCUCUGCCCGCAUUUCACUGGACCAGAAGCCCUGGCGAUACUGCUAUCACCUUGCCUGACACCUUUUGCUAAGAGCACUGCAUCCCCGCUUCUCGGGCAGCAGAAGCUGGUAGCUCACUAACCACUGGCAGGGAGAAUGGUCUCUUCCAAGGCUGCAAUCCUCACCUUGCUUGCCUGAGAGUAUGCCCUAUUGAAUUCAACAGGACUUACUUCUGAGUAGAUAUAGGCUCUCACUGUAAGAUGCCAUUGGCUGAGGUCCUCUGAGCAUUUUGAAGGUGUCACGACUGAGCUCUCAGGGUCUCUAAACUUGGUUGGCUGAGCUUUACUGGAAGUCUAGCUGCCAUUGGCUGAGCUUCUCUCAGGGUCUUUAGCUGCCAUUGGCUGUCUUAUUCUGGGGUUAAGGCGGGAAUCAGUAAGCUGCCAUCGGUUGACUCCCCAAGCAUCACCCUCUGGAAUGAGCCAUCUAAGUAGGGCUGGAACCACCGCAAAGCGGAGCCACCCAUCCCUAACUCCAGAAGGAUAUCACGGUUGAUGGUAUCGAAAGCCACAGAGAGGUCAAGGAGAAUUAACAGGGACGCAUUUCCCCUGUCUCUCCCCCGACAGAGGUCACCAUACAGGGUGACCAAAGCCAUUUCUGUGCCAAAACCAGGCCUAAACUCCAAUUAAAAUGGAUCUAGAAAAUCAGUUUCCUCCAAGACUGCCCUGAUCUCGGGCUCAGGAUUUCAGCCUUAAUCUCUACGAUACUCCACGACACACUCUUUUAAAAUCUUUCUGGGCCUUUUAUCUAGUCCUCUUUCAUGAUCAUGAUCCUCUUUUGUGUUUUGGAUCUCACGUCGUAUUUUGACCACUGCUUACAACUGCAAAUUCUGAGCAGCCCUGUUAAGUUCAGAGUUGAUUGUUUCGAUCAUAACAAUGCAAAGAAUUACAAAAACCAGGAAGACAAAGCAAGAAGAUAUAUGAGAAAGAAGUUUCAAAACAUGUAUACAGUAAGACAGACGAAUGAAUAAUUAUGCAAUUAAACAGCCUUAAGACAAUUUGCAGCAUGACUAGGCAUGGAACACUGUCAUGAUUCCUCCGCUGCCUUUGCAAGUGAAACAACUUUUUGGAUUAUGUACCUGUCUUCAUUUGCCAUCAAAACUCUCUCUCUUUUUUUGCCGAUUAGACCAAAAAUUAAAGCCAAGUGAGAACUGAAGGGGAGCCCCACUAAUAUCUAGCUUCCUUAUAAAUGGGGCAACCCUGCUGGUAAUACAGUGGUACCUCGGGUUAAGAACUUAAUUUGUUUUGGAGGUCUGUUCUUAACCUGAAACUGUUCUUAACCUGAGGUACCACUUUAGCUAAUGGGGCCUCCCGCUGCUGCUGUGCCGCUGCCACACAAUUUCUGUUCUCAUCCUGAAGCAAAGUUCCCAAGGUACCACUGUAGAAACAAUUUCCUCCAACCCUGCUCUCUACCAUACUGCAGUUCCUCAGAUCAGUAAUGACCAUCAAGAACAACAGAUGACAUUUGCUGGAGCCUGAGAUAAGCAGGCACUCUCUUUUCAGAAAGAACAGACCUGGAGCUAGCACACAGAACCCUUGGACAGUUGCCAGCACCCAGACACCCUAGAUGGGCCCACAACUAAUGCUUGCCUGAGACCCCUCUUUGAAAAAAUAGCUGAGGCUAGGACCUUUGUGUGAGCUUCCCGUAGGUGCUUGGUUGGCCACUGUGAGAACAUGAGGCUGGACUAGAUGGGCCUUUGACUCUACCAGCAAGGUUCUUCUUACUUUUCGCACAAUGCCUUAGGUUCAAGCUAUCUGAAAGGUUCAAGCUAUCUGAAAGACCCUGGUCCCGGGUUUUGUCAGUCCUUUUUAUCCCACUGAUCUAGCACAUUAACCUGGUGAUCUUAUAUCCGAGGCCCUCAAGUCUCUUCCAUGUCCCUUCCGCAGCUCUUCUUCAUAUUUUCCUUUCACUCGUGGGAACUCCAGCUUGAUAAUGUUUUUGACCCUUUUCAACAAAUCAGCCCCUUUUCCAUAGUCCAGACUAAACUCCAUGUGGUAUUUGGAGACAUGUUUCAGAUUCCCUCCAAAUUUGAGAGCCCCCACAGCUCCAAACAUCUGAUGGCCCAUUGCCAGACUCGGAAAGUCCAAACAUCCCUGCAUGGGGGGGUCAGUCCAACCCCCCAUUUCCAGACCAAACCAAACUUUAUCUUUCCAAAUCUGGUUUUUUCCAAGUUCAUUUGUCAAAUCCAAAGACUCAUAUUCCUGCAGGGCCGAAAAUCCCUCCCUUUCUGGCGCCCAAGAUUCAGCAGCAUCCUCUUCUCUCAUCUGUUCUGUCAUGGCACACUCCUGUUUUAGUUCCUGGGUGGGCUCCAUAUAGUUUCCCACUACCUGUUCAAAAGUUCUGAGCGCAUUAGUCAUCAAAUCCAUCUUCUGACUUAACUGAUCCAAUAGGGCAUUUAUUUUACAAAGAGCACACAACAGAGCUUCUGAAAGCAUUGUCCUGCAAGGUCACAAGUCCUUUCCCACGGUUGUAAUCUGUGGCAGCUGCAAGCUCCCUAGAAUUAGUUACAGUUUCACAGUCCCCCUCUAGGGGGAAAGCUUCUGGUUGUUCUUUCUUUUAAGGACAAUUUUUAAGAUAUUUUGUCAAUAUUUGUUCCUUUAAAAUGCGAAAGGAAACAAUGAAAUCACAAUGUUACUCUUUUUUUAGCUAUCUGUCAAAAACAUUUGUCUCUGGUCAAUGAGCUUCAAACGUCAAUUCUGACACCCCGCUCCAGGAUCAGGAUGAUGGAAAGUUACUUUGCUUUAGACUCACUUCUGCAGGUUUAAACAGUCCAAAAAAGGUCCCCCUUCUUCUCCUGCUACCGAAGGGGGGUUCAACAAUUUUAAAUGAUGAAAGCCAAUCCUUUGAAAGUAAUUUUCUAAGCUCUAGUUUAUGUUGUCUUUGCUUUACUCUGACUACAAAGAAACGGAAGGCUGACUUCCUGUUUAGACCUUCCCGUUUCAGUACCAAAUUGAAGUGAAUUUUUAAGUCCAAUUCCUUUCUGCUCAUCAGUUCUUAUUUAAAGUCCAAUUGUUCAAUGUUUAAGUACUCACGGGUGAUUAUUUUAGAUGCCAAAUUGUCCCAGGAAAAAGGCAGCGCUCUCCAGCAACAGCUGUGCGGCUUCGCUCCACGGAAAAAGCAAUUGACUCACAGCACCGCGCCACUUCCCCCUCUUCGCUUCGGAGCCCGUUAGUGGGUUCCUUUGCGGGGUGGGGGUGGGGCGCUAAGGGUGCCCGCCGAGUCCCACGGUCACAGGCUUCAUCCGCCUGUGAUUUCUAGAAGGGUCCCCGCUUCGCCGUAGCGGAAAAGACCCGUUUCGCGCGGAGCUGGUCCCUCCAGUUCAGAGGGAGUCCGCCAUUGCCGAUGGCACCACCCUGGAAGUCCUUUACCCUCAUACAAACUUGCCUGGGUUCUCAGAUUUUCAGGGGAGGCCCUUCUCUCGGUCCUGCCACCCUCGCAGGCAGGCUUGGUGGGGACGCGGGAGAGGACCUUGUCGGUGGCUGUUCCCAGACUUUGGAACUCCCUCCCUGGAGAAGCUGGACUGGCUCCCUCCUUGCUGUCUUUCCGCCAGUACUUUUGGGAACUGACUGCUUUUAAUGAAAGGGAUGGUGCCAUGCUGUUCUUACGGCAAUUACCUGUAUACUGUACCUCUUGCCCUGCUCAUCUCCUUGCCUUCAUUUGGGUGAGUAGGUGCUGUUCAUUCUUAGGAAGAAAAGUAUAGGCACCACCCCACUUCCUAGGUAAAGGUAAAGGGACCCCCUGACCGUUAGGUCCAGUUGCAGACGACUCUGGGGUUGCGGUGCUCAUCUCACUUUAUUGGCCGAGGGAGCCGGCGUACAGCUUCCAGGUCAAGUGGCCAGCAUGACUAAGCCUCCUCUGGCGAACCAGAGCAGCACACGGAAACGCCGUUUACCUUCCUGCUGGAGCGGUACCUAUUUAUCUACUUGCACUUUGACGUGCUUUUGAACUGCUAGGUUGGCAGGAGCUGGGACUGAGCAACGGGAGCUCACCCCGUUGCGGGGAUUCGAACUGCCGACCCUCUGAUUGGCAAGUCCUAGGCUCUGUGGUUUCGACCACAGCGCCACCCGCGUACACAGGGGUUAAAUCGCCUAAAGUGUGGAUCACCCUCUAAAACCCUUUAAGUGCCCUCUCUGCCACUCUCUCUGCAAUCCAUACUUGCAGGCUUGCAGAUCCACCUGACCCACUUAGAAUCGUGUUUUACAAUUGUAAAAACAGGCUGCCUCCUGAGUCCAGGGAUGUCGUGACAAAAUUCCUGCUUACGAAACGAUAGCCUGCAACGCCAGUGCCAGGCACCAGGGGUCACCCUGUCUGACGUUGCCUCCAGCGGCCAGCAGGAUUUAGAAAACACUUGUGAAGUAGAAUCACUGGGCAAUAUUGCCAGUGAAUCGUAGAGUGGAGGCAAUUGUACACUUGAAGAACAACUCAUUGACCUUCUCCCUGCUUCCUGGCUAGCCUGAGUUCAAUGUUGGGCAUGCGGUUAUUCCAUAAAACAUACUGAAACCUACCCCCACCUAAAAAAGCAGUGUUUCCACUUGAACGGGCAGAUUUAAUAGAUGGCACAGAUGUGGUUGUGCUGUUUCUGUUUUAUUUUCAAACUGAGAGCUUCCAAGAGGAUCUCAGGAAAAGUUAUUUUGACAGGCAGGAAUUUCAGUCCGUUUCCAGUUCUCAGUUGCUGGCAGUGAAUGGCUGACAAUAUUUUGACAGCCUGGAGGCUGCACAGAAAUGGUAGUUGGAGAAGAAGGCCUCGCUUUCUUCUCUGGAGGGUGUGUGGGGAAGGAACUGCGUCAGAGCCAAAGUCCACAAUCUGGAGCCAGCUAAGCGCUGCUUCUCUGCACAUGGUUGAGGCAGAUAGAGGUUCCUGCAUGCACAAGAGACUUUCUCAAGCUAGCAAAGAAAUGUUUUCCUUGCUAUAUUUCCAUCUGAACUGUUUUUAGUAUUGCCUUUCAAUGUUAUGGGACCUUAGGGUGGGUGAUACUUUUAAUCAUCAUCAUCACCAUCAUAGUAAUACUAGUCUGCUCACAACAGAGAUUGGCUUUCCGCUUAGUCACUGAUGAAAGACAGGCUUUGUGAGGAAAUUGAGAGAGCCUUAGUCAUGUUCAAAAGAAAGAACCUGACCUUUUCAUUCUGUUGUUCCCUCUGAUUUUCUCUCUUGUGACUGUACAUAGAAAACUAGCUGUCAAAUGAGAUGUGCUCUGGUCUGGCUUUUCCCCUGAUGAACUACUUUUCUCUGUGCAGGAUAUAUACAUUCAGUCUGAAGCAGUAUAGCCCAGAAAAAGGAUGACAACACGUGCCAUUUGGGAGAAGCUGGAUGAAGUUUCUAUUUAAAGAGGAACUUAACUUUCUUUGAAAGUAUCUGAGCUUAUAGUGUGUGGCAGGUGAAAUCUGCUGGCUGUGUGGCCUCUUCUGCCCUCCAGCCCCAAUUGGAGCUGUCCUCACAAUUGACAGUUGUGCCAAGGGGAGCUGCCAUGCUUUGCUGGAAAAGCAGGUUCAAUCCCAGGGAUCUCCAGGCAGGGGCAUACGAAGUGAGGUCGGAGGGGGCAGUCCACCCCAGGUGCCACUCUGGGGUGUGUGUGACAAGAUGGCCCCUGCCUCCCCCCAGCUGUAGAGUGGCCUAAGGCAUGUACAGUCCAUAUGGGCACUGCUUGCGUGGCAUCCAUACGGGCGACUGUACAGGAUGCUGUGCGUGCACACUCCAUACGGGCCGCCUCUCACACGGUGACUGUACGGGCUGUCAGGCAUGCACACUCCGUACGGGAUGCCGCACAUGCGCAGUCCAUAUGGAGUGUGCAUGUGCAGCAUCCUGUACGGAGUGUGCAUGUGCGGCAUCCUGUAUGGACUGCGCACGUGUGGUAUCCUGUAUGGACUACACAUGUGUGGCAUCCCAUACGGAGUGUGCAUAUGCAGCAUCCCUUAUGGACUGCGCAUGUGCGGUAUCCCGUACGGAGUGUGCAUGUGCGGCAUCCCUUAUGGACUGUGCAUGUGCAGCAUCCCUUAUGGACUGCGCAUGUGCGGCAUCCCGUACGGAGUGUGCAUGUGCGACAUCCUGUAUGGACUGUGCAUGUGCGGCAUCCCGUACGGAGUGUGCAUGUGUGGCAUCCCGUAUGGUCGCUGCACAUGCACAGUCCUUACAGGGUGCCGAUCGCAAGUGGCAGCCUGUACAGAGUGUGCAUGUGCUGCAUUCCGUACGGAGUGCGCAUGUGCGGGAUGCCACAAAUGCGCACUCCGUACGGGCUGCCCCGUCCCGGGUACCGGAGAGGGUUUUCCCCCCACUGUCUCCAGGUUGGGCUGGGAAAGACUCCUGUGCUUUGGGCUACAACUCCCAUCAGUGCCGGGCAGCAUAACCAAUGAAGAGGGAUGAUGGGAGUUGUAGUCCUAAACACCUGGCAGGUGUGAAGCCUUGUGAAGCUGCCUCAGAAGAAGUCUGUGUGAUGCCUCGCAGAAAGGAGAGACACUCCCCCCACAAAAUCGUCAAGUUGUUCCAGCAUCUAGUGAGAAUCCUUGGAUGGUUGUGUUGGAGCCAAAAUACGCACACCUGGGGGAAACAGCCAUGGCACUAGAGGGAAGACGGAUCACUUAUGGAAUAUAAAAACUGUGUGUGCCUAGAGAAGCUCACUGCCUAAUUUUGCAUGGACUCAUUUUUCAUCCUGAUGUAUCUUUCGAAAAGCUAAAGCAGGCCCGAUGUAUUAGCCAAAAGAACGGCCACUUUGCAGCCACAGAUCCCCCCUAUUUGGAUUUCCCCUCGCUCCUGAACAUACACCGUUAUCUUAAUUUUGUUUUGUUUUAUUCAUCCCUUCCACUUUCAAGCUGCUCCCCCAGGUGUGUAUGUCCUGAGGCAGCCUACAAAACAAUCAAACGAGCGUUCAAAAUAAUUCUAGUUAAAACAGAGCGUUGGGGGAGCGUGGGCUUGUUGGUUCUCCCUGGCUUUUGAGACCAUUGGCCACGACGUUCUUCUGGAGCAACUUGAGGAGAAAUAUAAAAAUAUUCCUCCUUUCCCAGAUGUUUAAUAAUAAUAAUAAUAAUAAUAAUAAUAAUUUAUUAUUUAUACCCCACCCACCUGGCUGGGCUUCCCCAGCCACUCUGGGCAGCUUCCAAAAAAAAUUUAAAAUACUGUAAUACAUCAAACAUUAAAAGCUUCCCUAAACAGGGCUGCCUUCAGAUGUCGUCCAAAAGUCUGGUAGUUGUUAUUCUCUUUGACAUCUGGUGGGAAGGCGUUCCACAGGGUGGGCGCCACUACCGAGAAGGCCCUCUGCCUGGUUCCCUGUAACUUGGCUUCUCGCAGUGAGGGAACCACCAGAAGGCCCUCAGCGCUGGACCUUAGUGUCAGGGUAGAACGAUGGGGGUGGAGACGCUCCAUCUGACAUACUGGACUGAGGCCGUUGAGGGCUUUCAAGGUCGGCACCAACACUUUGAAUUGUGCUCGGAAAUGUACUGGGAGCCAAUGUAGGUCUUUCAAGACCGGUGUUAUAUGGUCUCAGUGCCUGAAAGACCCUGGAAACCCUGAGAUCACUGUUUCUAGAAUACUUUAUUUUUUUAAAAAAAUGUUUUCUUAUGGAUGAGCCUGCCUUGGGCUAGUUCAGGAGGAAGGUUGAGAUGGAAAUUGAAUUGAAUUGAUUGAUCAGUUGUCCUUACCUUGCUAUGUUUUGACGAUCCUACAUGUUGAGUACUAACAACAGUAGCUUGGAUGGUUUGGGGGAGUACAGUACUUAUUCCUCUUCCCCCCCUUCUUUCUUUCAUUUUAGAAUCAAGUUUCUUACUGGGCAAUGCACAAAUCGUGGACUGGCCUGUAGUUUAUAGUAAUGACGGAUUUUGUAAACUCUCUGGUUACCACCGAGCCGACGUCAUGCAGAAAAGUAGUACCUGCAGGUAAGUCGCCUUGGAUUGAUUUUCUUGGGUCAGGGCGGGUGGGGGCCGAAUCCUGCUGUGCUUUUGAGCUUCCUGUUUGUUGUGUCAUAAAAGGCCGAUGCCCGAAAGCUCCCACCUCCGCCUCUUCGCCACCCCAUUAGGUGUGCAUUCAUUUUGCAACAAAUGGAAAAGGAACCCCUGUGAGCCUCAUUCAAUUUCCAUUCAUUCCGAAACAAAUCCGCCAAGGGGGAAAAUGGGUGGCAAAGGCUAGGCUGUUUUUCAGUAAAAAUGGAGGAAAAGGCUGUUCAGACCACAUUUUUUUUAACCACACCAGCCUAAUUCAUAUCUCCCAGCCCACAACAGAGAGAGGAAUAUAACUACUCUUCAGAUUUGCACUUCAGAGUCAUCUUUUAAAAGAAAAGUACCAAAAUGAAUUAAAAGUACAUAUCUUAGGAUAAAAAAGUUUAGAAAUUUGUACAUUAAGAUAAAUUAUUAUUAUUGUUGUUGUUGUUAUUAUUAUUAUUAUCAAUUUAAUUAACUAUCAUAAUCAUUAUCAUCAUUUCUAUACCACUUCACUUCUUCUUUUUUUAAAAAAUAAAAGCUUGGUUGUCUACAACCUAACAGAACAUUAGAAAAUAGGAAAAGAAAACAUUAAAAAUUAAAAUCAAAGACAAAAAAUGCAAUUGAGAUCUACAUUUAAAUAAUCAAUUAACAGAAAACUACCAAAAUAUUAUCUUGACUAUAAAAACAAAUUGCAAAUAGAAGUCAAGCACAGAUGUAAAUAUGUCUUUAAAUUAUCGUAUUUUUCUGUGUAUAAGACACCCCAUGUAUAAGACACCCCCUAUUUUUGGGGACUCCAAAUUAAGAAAACACCACCUCAGCACUACCCGUGUAUAGGAUGAGCCCCAAUUAUAAACCUAUUUUUUUGGUUAAAAAACCUAGUCUUAUACACGGAAAAAUAUGGUAUAUUUUGUGGCUAACUAUUUAGUGAUGUUGAAAUAGUUAUAUAAAAAGCACACAUAUUGAUGUAGAAGUGGGGUGGGGUAGACUUAUGAAUUAAGUCAUGUGAAACUGACUCUUAAUGGAAAUAAACUGGCCCUCCCCACUUUUCAGUGUUCUCAUUUGUCUCUAUCAGUUCCACAUUCAUCCAAUUUCAAGCUGGGUGGGGUUAUCCCUCCCUGGUGGAGAGUGGAUUCUGCCAGAUGCUACUUUAUCUCCCAGUGAUGUGGGUGGCGCUGUGGGUUAAACCACAGAGUCUAGGACUUGCCGAUCAGAAGGUCGGCAGUUUGAAUCCCCGCGACGGGGUGAGUUCCCGUUGCUCGGUCCCAGCUCCUGCCAACCUAGCAGUUUGAAAGCACGUCAAAGUGCAAGUAGAUAAAUAGGUACUGCUCUGGCAGGAAGGUAAACGGUGUUUCUGUGUGCUGCUCUGGUUUGCCAGAAGCGGCUUAGUCAUGCUGCCCACAUGACCCGGAAGCUGUACACCAGCUCCCUCAGCCAAUAAAGCGAGAUGAGCGCCACAACCCCAGAGUCGUCCGCGACUGGACCUAAUGGUCAGGGGUCCCUUUACCUUUACUUUACUUUCUCUCCCAGAAUGCUCCAGAUGUGAUGUUCUUCCAGUGCAUUCUGUUUUUUUGCUUUAUUGGUUUUAAAAACAAUACAAUACAAUACAAUACAAUACAAUACAAUACAAUACACAACCAUCAACAAAAGGCAAUCCAAGAUCAACACUCAAUAAUACAAAAAGAAAAGAUUGAACUCACAUGUCAAGAAUUCCAACAUGACUUCCAAUCCCCAAAUUGUGAUUCCUAAUUUACAUUACGACUGCGCACUAACUUUAUCUCUCCUAGGUUAUUUGGUUGUGUUAAUUUUGCAAAGUUCUCUUAUUUUCAUGCAGAAAUCAGUCCAGGCCUGCCAAAGACUUUAGAUUAUCACAAUGUUCUUUUAAGUACUCUCUGUAAAUAUUCCACUCUCUAUUAAAUAUUUGAUCUGUGUGGUCUUGAAAUCUUGCUGUCAAUCUGGGGCAUUCUGAGGGUGGAAAAAUGUGGUUGUGCACAGUCCAUCUCAUCUCUCCCAUCACCCCGAUCUGGAGUUGCAGGCCGGGAAAGGAGGGUCUUGUCAUCUGGGCAGUCCCACAACCUCUUUACACACUGCUCAGGGUUGUGUUAUUAAUGCAACAAAAGUGUCAGCAGUUGCAAGUUACCAGUCUCCGUAAGGUCAGGGGGGAAACAAUGCUGUCCAGGGUUGUAAAGACUGCGGAGAGAAUAAUUGGGUGCACUCUUGCCACCUUGGAUCAAAUCUAUGCUUCCAGGUGCCAUAAGAAAGCUGCAGAGAUAGUGCAGGAUAGUGCGCACCCCGGAAAUGAUCUCUUUCAGCUUAUGCCUUCUGGAAGAAGGUACAGGGUUAUAAAGACUAGGACUAGCCGCCUGAGAAACAGUUUUUAUCCAAAUGCGAUUUUGGUUUUAAAUGCAGUGUAAGGUAGUCUCUGUGGGUAUAUAUUGUAUUUAAUUAUGGGGUAUCAGAGUUUUUAGGGGGUUAACCAGGCUGGGAUAGCUGGAAUAGCAGGCUUGUUGGUUUUUGAAUGUCUGAUGUCGAUUUUUUCAAUUUCAUUGUUCUGUAUGGGACAAUGACAAUAAAGAUUAUUGUAUCGUAGUCUCUCGAGACAGAUGGAUAUCAACAACCUUGAGCCAGCUCAGAGUCCACCUGCCCCACCUUGGAUCUGAUUCCGAAUUAGUUUGCGGGUGGGGCAAAUGUUUAAUUAUUAUUAUAUUAAUUUCAUAGGGUGGUGGGGGAGGGAGAUGUUGUGUCUCGUUCCUCUCCACUCCUGACCGAGAGAGUGUGUGCCAUUUCUGCUUUGCAAACUGCUCCCUUUGCAGAGAAGGUGUUUGCAGAGAGCACCUUGCAGGAUCUGCAAUCGCUGAACAGCACCCUGCAGAAUUUAUCCCCCUUGCUGUCAGUCCAGUGUGAGGGGGGAGGGGCUGAUGGGAGUUGUAGUUCAUCAACAUCUGCAGGACCAAAGGUUCCCCAAACCUGUCCUUAAAAAAACCCAUGGAAGCAGUCAAAUGAGAGCCAACCCACGAGAAUGAAAGACAAGAGCGAGUCAGAAAUCAUUCUCGAGCUCUUUCCCCUAAAAUGUGGCAUUUGGUGGAGGGUUUCAGCUUCCCUGGUGCUCAGCAAGACACUCUCCGUUUCCCCAAGUUGAAACCUGUGUGCAUAUUUCAGAAAAUAAAUCUUUUAUGUAUUGUCAGCUUUCGCUCUCUCCUUUUUUUGAAAGCAUCACACUCUGGAAAGUGUACCCAGAGCGUCACUUAAAUUGAACGCUAUAAGGCAGCAAUAUAAAUCCUUUCCCCCCGGCAACAGACCCCGCCACAAUUAUUUGCUUUAGAGGGCUUCAUAACAAUUUUGCAGCUGUAAACGUUGAGCAAAACAAGGUGUAAAUCAUAGUUAAGCAUACAUAGGUUGCAAUUACACUGCAGUCUGGACCAUAAAUACGCCUGUAAGGGUGUUGUUAUGCUUGUUUGUUUGUGAAGCCCAUGAAAAUGUGUAUUCUCUCUCUCUCUCUCUCUCUCUCUCUCUCACUCUUUCUCUCUCUCCACCUUUCCUUUCUCCAGUUUUAUGUAUGGUGAACUCACAGACAAGAAAACCAUUGACAAAGUCAGACAGACGUUUGACAACUAUGAAUCGAACUGCUUUGAAAUCCUCUUGUACAAGAAAAACAGUACGUAUAAAUGUGAAAUCAUUUAUUUGUUUUUGUUUAAUGUAUCCCACCUUUUUCUCCAAGGAGUUCAAAGUGACAUGAAUGGUUCUCCCCCUCCUCGUUUAAUCCCCACAACAACCCUGUCAGAUAGGCUAGACUGGGAGGCAGUGACUGGCCCAAGAUCCAUGACUGGGUGGGGAUUUCAACCCCAGUCUCCCAGGUCCUAGUCAAAGCAUAAAGGUAAAGGGACCCCUGACACUUAGGUCCAGUCAUGGCCGACUCUGGGGUUGUGGCGCUCAUCUCGCUUUACUGGCCGAGGGAGCCAGCGUACAGCUUCCAGGUCAUGUGGCCAGCAUGACAAAGCCGCUUCUGGCGAACCAGAGCAGCGCAUGGAAACACAGUUUACCUUCCCACCGGAGCGGUACCUAUUUAUCUACUUGCACUUUGACGUGCUUUCGAAUUGCUAUGUUGGCAGGAGUAAGAACGGGAGCUCACCCCGUCGCGGGGAUUUGAACUGCCAACCUUCUGAUCAGCAAGUCCUAGGCUCUGUGGUUUAACCCACAGCGCCACAAAGAAUAAAUGGCCAUAAAUCUGACACCAGGAAUCACAAGACAGAGAAAUCAGUAGGAAAACACUUCAAUCUCCCAGGACAUUCUAUACAAGAUCUCAAAGUAGCAGUCUUAUUACAAAAGAAUUUCAGAAAUAAACUGGAAAGAGAAGUUGCUGAAUUGCAACUUAUUACCAAACUUAAAACCAUGGAGAGACCUGGUCUGAAUAGAGACAUUGGAUUCCUAUCUCAUUAUACACGACAAAGCUAUUUUUAGCCAUCUCACCCCUUGCUUUUUCCUGUAAGACCAAUUGCAGUCGUUAACAGUCGUCAACAGGUUUACCACACCUAUCAGCCAAUCACCCAUCUCCCACCACCCUUCUGAGUAAUACCCCUCCCCACCCUCCCACUAUAUAUAAGGGUCUGGUGACUUCUGUUUCAGUGUAUCUGAAGAAGUGUGCAUACACACAAAAGCUCAUACCAAUAACUAACUUAGUUGGUCUCUAAGGUGCUACUGGAAGGACUUUUUUUAUUUUGUUUCAACUAUGGCAGACCAACACAGCUACCUACCUGUAACUAGGUCCUAGUCUGGCACUCUAACCAUUGCACCACACUGCCUUGCCGCAUGGUUACAUUAACAGCUUGUUGCCUUUGAAACCACAUACCAACUUUUAGGUGUUUUGGGCUCCAGUGCUUAAAAAAUGUCUGCAGAGCACUCAGUUGGCAAAGGGGGACUUAUAUGGAGUAUGAGGACUAUGGGAUGCUAGAAAUUAGCGGUGUCACUGAAACCUGCUAUUUACCUGGCACGAAAUGUGAAUUUGUUUCACUCAUACUGCUUGGAGGAAUUGCAAACACGGCACUGAACCUCUGAAAUAUCUUUUCGCUUGCUCAGAAUGAAAAAGGGGAUUCUGCACCUGGGCAAAGGAGUCUUUUUUGACUUAAAUCUGUUUUUAGUCCAAAACCUGGACAUUGAUUUGCACUCACACAGAGGUAAAGGAAUGCUCAAACGCUUGCAAUUGCUGACCCAUUUCCAAAUUGAGCCAGAAGGAAUUUCCUUUACUGACUCUUCUUGUGUUCUUAUGAAAGAGGGAGAAAAACUCUUAGACUGCAUUCACAUGGCGCUUCGCUCCAUUUUUAUGUCUUUCCCCUAACUGUUUAGUGCCGCAUUAUACUUGAGCAUCUACAGAAUGUGCAAGCAGCUUCUCAAACUAUAGUGGAACCAGGUGAAAGUUUAGUUCUCAUUUCUGCACUAUUUGCUUGCAGGAAAAAAAUAUCCAUGUAUUUAUUAUUAUUUACUUAUUACAUUUAUAUGUCACUUUUUUUCUUCCAAGGAUCCCAAACUGGUGUAUAUGGUGACUGGCCCGAGCUCAUUCAUGGCUGAGUGGGGAUUCGAACCCUGCUCUCCCAGAGUCCAACACUCUAACUAUGACACGACACUGGCUCCCAAUAGUUUUAAAGCCAUUGACACCAUUCCUGGCUGAUAUUAAAAACAGAAUUAACCAAUUGCAACCUUAUUUGCAAAUAGUCUGGAUAUGAGCACUAAGCUUGUGCUUUGAAGGCUGCCCAGAUCAUAAGAAGUUGCCUUAAAGGUAAAGGUAAAGGUAAAGGUAAAGGUAAAGGGACCCCUGACCAUUAGGUCCAGUCGUGACCGACUCUGGGGUUGCGGUGCAGGGAAAUGCUGUUUAACUUCCCGCUGGAGCGGUACUUAUUUAUCUACUUGAUGUGUUUUUGAACUGCUAGGUUGGUAGGAGCUGGGACCGAGCGAUGGGAGCUCACCCUGUCGUGGGGAUUCAAACCGCCAACCUUCUGAUCGGCAAGUCCUAGGCUCUGUGGUUUAACCCACAGUGACACCCGAGUCCAUAAGAAGUUGCCUUACAUGAGGUCAAAGCAUUUUGCAGUCUGGUCCAGCCUUGCCUUCUCUGACUGGCAGAUGUUUCCUCUCACCCAUCACAUGACUCAUUUCCAAACUGGAGAUGGCAGGGAUCGAAUCUGAGCCUUUCUAUACACAGAGCAGAUCAGACCCUCCCAGUGUCCCUAUUUUCCAGGGACAGUCCCGGAUUUUCAGAAGCCAUCCUGGUUUCUGAUUUGUUCCUGGAAUGUCCUGCUUUUCCUUAAAGGUAAAGGGACCCCUGACCAUUAGGUCCAGUCAUGACCGACUCUGGGGUUGCAGUGCUAAUCUUGCUUUACUGGCCAAGGGAGCCGGCGUACAGCUUCCGGGUCAUGUGGCCAGCAUGACUAAGCCGCUUCUGGCGAACCAGAGCAGUGCACGGAAACGCCGUUUACCUUCCUGCCGGAGCGGUACCUAUUUAUCUACUUGCACUUUGACGUGCUUUCAAACUGCUAGGUUGGCAGGAGCAGGGACUGAGCAACGGGAGCUCACCCCGUCGCGGGGAUUCGAACCGCCGACCUUCUGAUCUGCAAGUCCUAGGCUCUGUGGUUUAACCCACAGCGCCACCCGCGUCCCUUAGGACGUCCCUAUUUUCAUGGGAGAAAUGUUGGGGUUAUGCGACCCCUGAGCCAAGGAGAUAAGUACCUACACAACCUUUAGAAGACAUCUGAAGGCAGCCCUGUUUUGUUUUGAAAUUAUUUGGUUUUACUUAUUUAAAAUUAUAAUCACAUGACAACAUAUCCACAGUUAAAACAUUCCUCCGAAUCUCUAGACUUCCGACCUUCCCCUCAAUGGGUUCUGUUGUUAAACCUUUUCUACUGCAUCUUUUUUCAAUAAUCCAAGUUCUUUAUAAACUCCAUUAUGUCCAUAGUUCUCAUUGCAUUACAAGUGUUACUGCAGUCCUGCUCAUGUUUUCAACUGCUUACAGUGGUCUUUAAUGUAAAUUAUAAUGUUUUCCCAUUUCUUAUUGAAGUUUUGGUCUUCCUGGUUCCUGAGCUUUCCAGUCAGUUUUGCCAUUUUGGCAUAGUCCAUCAACUUGAUUUGCCAUUCUUCCCUGGUAGGGACUUUAUCUUCCUUCCAUCUCUGGGCCAAUAACAUCCGCACAGCUGUGGUCACAUACAUAAAUAGCCUUUUCCGCUCCCUGGGAAUUUCAGUACCUUGCAGCCCUGUUUUUUAAAAAUGUUAAAAAACUAUAUAUGUUGGAAGUGGCCCAGAGUGGCUGGGCCAACCCAGUCAGAUGGCUGGAAUAAUAAUAAUAAUAAUAAUAAUAAUAAUAAUAAUAAUAGUAAUAAUGGAAUAGGAUGUCCCUAUUUUCAUCGGAGAAAUGUUGGAGAGUAUGGCAGCUGUGUCCCUCUGCCCUUUACCAUUUAGAUUGUCACUCCAGGCACCCGGACAAAUCCUUGAGGCACCUUUCUCUGGCCCAUAGCUGUCAACUUACAGAUUUGAAAAUAAGAGACCAGCAGCCUCGAAAAUAAGGGAUCAGCAGCCAAAAUAAGGGAUUUUGGCCAACCAGCAGCCAAACGAAGCCUCAAGCGGUGGUUCCCACAGUGCAGCAACCCGGCGAAGGGGAUGCAGCAAGGGAAACCACCAUCACCUCUCUGCUGGGAAGCGCUGAGCAAAGGCGAGUCCCCAGGCAAUGUGGUUGAUUUGAUCGGCACAAGGCAUGCAAGCUCCACCCCCCAGUCGUUCUUAGACUCCUUAUUGGGUGAGCAACGCAGUCAAGCAACACAGUUGGAGCCUCCCUCCUCCCUGGCUGGCAGGUAGGGAGGGAGAGGAGCUGCUUCCUUUGAAACCCAGGAAAUUUAAGGGACAUCAUCAAUCUGAGACAGCACGGCGCUGGGAUAAGGGAGUUUCCUGCCAAAUAAGGGACGGUUGACAGCUAUGCUCUGGCCCCUGCGAUGACCUCUUCUGCUUUGCGUUUCCGCUUGCCUUCCCUUUUGUCUGUGCUGCCCACCUGAGUGCUCCUGUACAUGUUAGGCCAAAUCCCCCCAGGGAACAGCUUGUCCGGAUCAGCUGCGCUGGUCACAGUCUCAAGCCCUGUCAUUCUUUUCUUUCCAGCUGGUUGCAUAGCAAGAUCCUGACCUUAAAAAACAAACAGAGAUGCGCCGCUGGGUCUUCCUGCAGGCUGGAUUUCUCGGAAGGAACGGGGUGGCUCUGCAGUUUCUGAACUCGAAAGGCCAAGAUCUGAUAGGAACAGGCAAAUGCGGCCCUCUAACCUCCCUGUCUGGCCCUGGGGACACCCUUCCCAGGCCACGCCCCUGCCUUCCAGGCCACGCCCUCGCUGGCUUUGCUCCACCCCUUCCUGUAGCUGACCACACCUCUGCUUGUGUGACACACCAGCAGAUUAUAUGGAGCCCAAACAAGUCUCUCUUUUUUGUAUAUAAAUUGUUAUAAAAUUUUCUGUUUUACAAUUUAAAAUACCCAUUUUACAUCCUUAAGAUAUCAAUGACUUCCCUUCUUCUCUUUCCAUGGUUCGUUUUACAUAUAAUAAAUCCCUGCAUAUUUUACAAAAACUAUACCAUUCAGUAUUCCAUUAUUGCAUCCAUCAAAACUUAUUUACACUGUUGAAUUUAUCUUAAUGCUCUCAGUGUUUUCAGCUGUACACAAUUAUUUCCCAUAUAUUCCAUAAAUGUUGCCCAAUCUUCUCUAAAUGUAUGUUCUUCUUGUUCUCUUAUUCUAUAUGUUAAGUCUGUAAGCCGCAUAUAUUCCAUCAGUUUAAGUUGCCAUUCUUGUUUGGUUGGGAACUUGCUCGUUUUCCAUUUUUGGGCUCACAAAACACAGGCUGCGGUAGUAGCAUACAUAAAUAACCUUUUUUUGGCACUGGGGAAUUUCAAUCUGAAUUAUCCCCAACAGAAAGGACUCUGGGGUUUUUUGGGAAAGUACAUUUAAACACCCCCCCAAUUCAUUAUAGAUCAUUUCCCAAUACUCUGUUUACCCUUUUCCAAGUCCACCACAUAUGAAAGAAGGUUCCCUCCACCUCUUUGCAUCUCCAGCACUUACCUGAUUCAGUCUUAUACAUUUUAGCAAGCCCAAUCAAGUCUUCAGGGAUUUCCUGCUCCCAGCAGAACAACUUAUUCCAGAGUUUCUGAUUAAGGGGGAAAUUCCUCUCCCACACAGUUCAGAAUAACAAAGUGAUUAUUGUCUUCAGACAUAAGACAAAGCUAAACACUACAAUGUACUAUACAUUGUUGUUCUGGUCUCUGAAGUCAAGAUACUUAGGCACCCACUAACACUAUCAACAUGCUAGCUAACGCUGCUGUGUAAAACCCACAGCCUUUUCCCCUGACCCAAAAUACUAGAAUUCCAGAGUUGGAAGGUACAUCAAGGGUCUAGUCUAACCCCCUGCAAUGCAGGAAUCUCAGAUAUCCCUUAAUAAACAAAAAUAAAAUUAUAUUGGGCCAUGGACGCUCCUUGAAUCCCCACACAAAAUGAGUCUGUUAUAUGGUUAAGCAAUGUUAGCUUUGCAUUUCAGUGUUUAAUUCUCCCACUCUGUUCAAUGAGACUUUGAUUAGUUUAAGUGUCACCUAGGAUAAGCGGUAAUCAUGAAUGUGAGCAUGCCUCUAUGUUAUGAUUGUGCUCCGUGCUGUGAGUGUGUUUAUUUUAUAUCCUCUUAUUUUUUUUAAUUACAGGAACACCUGUUUGGUUUUACAUGCAAAUUGCACCGAUAAGAAAUGAGCAUGACAAAGUGGUUUUAUUCCUUUGCACUUUUAAAGAUAUCACUUUAUUCAAGCAACCCAUAGAAGAUGAAUCCACCAAAGGUAAUUUUUGAAAGGAAUAUGUUUGCAAAAGGGUCAAAGAGAUCGGGGUGGGGAGAGGAGAGUGUAUUGACUCUAGCCCAGUUCUUGCAUUACUUGUGUGUAAGGGACUCGUGAGUUCGAGCCGGAAGGGGGCAGUGCUUCUUGCCACACCCAGGAAAGCACAUCAAAGCACUAGCCCCACCCCCCAAUGGCCACGUGUUGGGUGGGGUUGUCUGCAAGGGAACCCCCAACUGUUUCCUUUGCAGCUCAAGGUGUGGAUGUCAGAGGGCAGUGCAAGAAGUGUGUUGUUGUUGUUGUAAAGUCAAGGAUGCAAAGGUGCAACCAGGAGAGCAUUCCUGAUAUUUCCUUGGCAGCUGUGACUUUACCAUUCCUGUGCCUGAUGUCCUAUGAUGUCAGGGGAUUGGCAGAUGGGCACACACAAGGGUUGUCCACUUUCAGAACUAUUCCACUGAGCAAAAGUGGUUCUCCACCCCAACCUAGAGAAAUGUCUGGAGUUCUUAAAAGCUGCAGCACUGCUGAAACUAAAUAGGAGUAGGUCUGCAUAGAAACUUGAGUGGAAGACCUGUGGGCAAUGCAUGUAGAAGUGGGAUAUAAGCACAUUAAAUACAUUUUUAAAAAAUAAUAUGGGUGGGCUUGGCCACUUUUUCACCGGAGCUAUUUUUCAGAAAGAACAAAAUUCAAGUAUGUUUCACACCAGGGUUUCCCAAACUUGGGUCUCCAGCUGUUUUCAGACUACAAGUCCCAUCAUCCUUGACCACUGUUUCUGCUAGCUAGGGAUGGUGGGAACUCUUGGCGCCUUUAAUAAACUACAAUUCCUAGAAUUCUUGGGGGAAGCCAUGUCUGUUUAAAGUGGUAUUGUUGUUGUUGUUUAGUCGUUUAGUCGUGUCUGACUCUUCGUGACCCCAUGGACCAGAGCAUGCCAGGCACUCCUGUCUUCCACUGCCUCCCGCAACUUAGUCAAGCUCAUGUUAGUAGCUUCGAGAACACUGUCCAACCAUCUCAUCCUCUGUCGUCCCCUUCUCCUUGUGCCCUCAAUCUUUUUUCCCAGCAUCAGGGACUUUUCCAGGGAGUCUUCUCUUCUCAUGAGGUGGCCAAAGUAUUGGAGCCUCAGCUUCAGGAUCUGUCCUUCCAGUGAGCACUCAGGGCUGAUUUCCUUCAGAAUGGAUAGGUUUGAUCUUCUUGCAGUCCAUGGGACUCUCAAGAGUCUCCUCCAGCACCAGAAUUCAAAAGCAUCAAUUCUUCGGCGAUCAGCCUUCUUUAUGGUCCAGCUCUCACUUCCAUACAUCACCACUGGGAAAACCAUAGCUUUAACUCUAUGGACCUUUGUUAGCAAGGUGAUGUCUCUGCUUUUUAAGAUGCUGUCUAGGUUUCUCAUUGCUUUUCUCGCAAGAAGCAGGCAUCUUUUAAUUUCAUGACUGCUGUCACCAUCUGCAGUGAUCAUGGAGCCCAUGAAAGUAAAAUCUCUCACUGCCUCCAUUUCUUCCCCUUCUAUUUGCCAGGAGGCGAUGGGACCAGUGGCCAUGACCUUAGUUUUUUUGAUGUUGAGCUUCAGAACAUAUUUUGCGCUCUCUUCUUUCACCCUCUUUAAGAGAUUCUUUAAUUCCUCCUCACUUUCUGCCAUCAAAGUGUACCCUGGUCCAACUCCAAACCACAGGUGCCUUACCAGGGCUGGAUUUACAUUUGAUGAGGCCCUAAGCUACUGAAGGUAAUAGGGCCCUUUAUAAUGUAAUUUUAUAAUGGGAUCAAAAUAAAUAAAUUAUGUAUUACAUGAAAUCAAUCAGUAGGCAUAAGACUCAUACCCUUAGUCUAUGCUGCCUGGUCAUCAGCCCACAAACACUCUUUAAUAUUAGAUAACAGGUACAACAGCUUGACCUACAUUCAACUGUGCUGCACUGCAGUCUGCAGCUGCAUGCUAUAUAUUGCCAUGCAACCAGUCCAUGCAGAAUGUAGGCACCCUAUAUAUAGAAAUGAGCAAACCAGUGAUAUUGUGGGAGCAGGCUAGCAGGCAGGGCCCAUUACUUACAUCAUAGGAGCCUACGCAACACAAAAAACUGCUGCUGUAUGUAGGUUUUGUUUUAUUUUAUUUAUCUUAUAUUUUGGAAACGUACAUUCAGUUUUUUCUCACUUUAAUUUUUUUGGGGGGCCCCAGGAGAGUAGGGCCCUAAGCUAUAGCUUAUAUGUAAAUCUGGCACUGUGCCUUACACAUGAGUAAUGGGUAGAGAAAUAGGAAAGCAGAGAUUUCUGUUCUGACUAGUAUUUGUCCCAUUCAGUCCUGUUUCUCUUCUGCUGCAGUUCAGUUUCUACCAAAACACACACGUGUUAUUCAUCUUGCUGUUGUUAUAAGAAUUUUAAGGUUUCAAAUAUAGAAUAAAUAUUCACAAAUGCACACAUAUCUAAACGUAUAAACCAUGGGUUGGUCUUUGGCUAAGGGGGUUGGGCAACGUCUAAAGUCUUUUAAGGUUCCUGCACACUUUUGUUCAGGGUCUCUCCCUCCUUGAAAUGAGGGGAGGGAACUUUGUUGCAACAGAAAAAUAAAUAUCUGCCUUGCUUUCCACUGGAUCCUGCCUCCCUCCAUUCUUCUCUGACCGAUCAUGAACUCAGAGUCCCAUGGGGAGUUGGGCAGCAAAAGCCAAACCCCAAUUUUUACAUCACUGUCCUUUAUUUAAUCUAAGUUGCAGAAUGUAACUUCAAUUUAACACUGCAAACUUAAAAACAGCAACGUCAAUUAAUGUCGGUCGUAUUUGCCUGGUUGUUUUCCAUUCCUGACCGCACAAUGAGCAUGUGAAAUAUAGCGAUUUCCACUUCCUUUUCCAUUUCCAUUAGAAUUCCCUGACAUUAGUAAUGUUUGCUAUCUCUCUGUUUCUAAAGUGCUAUUAGAAAUGUAACCAGAAAUUCUUCAGCUUGCAAAGAGAAAACAGUUGCAUUGCUUUCUCCUUCCUUGUCCAGUCCAUUUCUAAGACAGAUUUCAAAAGGUUAAACGUUAUCAAGAGGAUUUAGGGAAUCAGGAAACUCAGGCUGCACUUCUAUUCCAGGAUUGAAGAAAUAUUUUCUUCCCCUGUUCUGGAGCUGCUAAUGGACAAGGUGGACUUAUGCUCUGGUCCAGCAUGUGACAGCUUUUGUUAGAUGAAUUGGCACAUGUUAAACUUGUAUCUGAGACAUGCAGCUUUAUUUUGUCAGAUGUUGCACUCUGGCGUAUGCAUAAUUCAUCUUCUGUCUCAUUGCCACACACACAGAGGCUUUCCAGCUGAGUUUAUGUUGGAAUUAUGAACCACAAAGAUACAUAAAUUACAAUGGUACUAGGAAAUGUAAGAAUCGGAGGGAAGGGGGAAGAUAGGGAGGCACUAGAGUGAAACAUCACUGAAAAGGAAUACAAUUCUUAGCUGGAAAGCCAUAUUUCAUAUAGAAAAAGAUGCAAUGAUUCUCCCCUCCCACGCACCCUGGGUCUGUGAGAUUUGUAUAUAAUACAUAAGGAGAAUGUCACCAUCUCACAAUAGUGGAAGAGUAUAUAAAUAUGAAGGAGCAUUCAUUAUUCAUGGAAAGGGUAAGUUUCGGUGAAAGUAAAAUAAACAGAACUAAAAUAUGGAUGCUAUCAUUCAGCAGAUUCCCUGCGCCAAUGUCAUAGAAUUAAAGAAUUGUAGAGUUGGAAGGGAUCCCGAGGGUCAUCUAGUCCAGCCCCCUGCAAUGCAGGAAUCUCAGCUAAAGCAUCCAUGACAGGUGGCCAUCCAACCUCUGCAUAAAAACCUCCAAUGAUGGAGAGUCCACCACUUCUCAUGGGAGUCUGUUCCACUGCUGAACAGCUCUUACUGUCAGAAAGUUUUUCCGAAUGCUUAGUCGGAAUCUCCUUUCUCGCAACCUGAAGCCAUUGGUUUCAGUUCUAACCUCCAGAGCAGGAGAAACAACCUUGCACCAUGCUCCAUAGAGCUGCCCUUGAGAUAUCUGAAGAUGGCUAUCAUAUCUCCUCUCAGUCUCCUCUUUUCUGGGCUAAACAUACCCAGCUCCUUCAACCACUCCUCAUCAGGCUUGGUUUCCAGACACUCGAUCAUCUUGGCUGCCCUCCUCUGCACAUGUUCCAGCUUGUCAACAUCCUUCUUAAAUUGUGGUGCCCAGAACUGGACACAGUAUUCCCAGGCCCAGACAGGGGGGGGGGCAUAUGGGCCACUUGGCCCGGGCCUCUGAUUCCAAAGGGGGCCUCAGUCAGCAUAUUCACAAUCGCAGGGAUACACUGGGGCGAAUGCAGAGGCGCAAAGGAGGCCACAUUAUCUACCUGGCCUGGGCCUCUACCUGGCUCUGAGUAUUCCAAGUGUGUUCUGACUAAGGCAGAACAAAGUGGUACUAUAACUUCCCUUGACAGGGACACUAUAGGUUGAUGCAGCCUAGAAGAGUGUUAGCUUUUUUUUGCUGCUACAUCACAUUGUGGAUUCCUGUUAAGCUUGUGGUCCACCCAGACCCUUAGAUCCUUUUCACAUGUACUUUGCUAUAUUUAUCUGUUUAUUUAUUAGCAUUUAUAUACUGUUAAAUAUCUCAAAAAACUCUAAGUAGUAUAUACUCUAACAAACAAUAUAUGGAAGGCAUCAAUAAUGGAAGACAUGCUAAUUCCUUGCAGUGAUGCUGUGGGUUAAACCACAGAGCCUAGGACUUGCUGAUCAGAAGGUCGGCGGUUCGAAUCCCCGCCACGGGGUGAGUGCCCGUUGCUCGGUCCCUGCUCCUGCCAACCUAGCAGUUCGAAAGCACGUCAAAGUGCAAGUAGAUAAAUAGGUACCGCUCCGGCGGGAAGGUAAACGGCGUUUCCGUGCACUGCUCUGGUUCGCCAGAAGCGGCUUAGUCAUGCUGCCCGCAUGACCUGGAAGCUGUACGCCGGCUCCCUCGGCCAAUAAAGCGAGAUGAGUGCCACAACCCCAGAGUCGGCCACGACUGGACCUAACGGUCAGGGGUCCUUUAAGUGGGUGGCGCUGUGGGUUAAACACUGGUUGGCAGGCCAUCUGUCAGGGAUUAUUCAGUUGAGAUUCUUGGUUGCCCUCCUCUGCACACGCUCCUGGCAGAGGUGAGGUUGAAACGAAGUGCUUCCUCUUUCUGAGCUCAGUCCCUUAUUCUUAUCCACAUGGAAAUCAGCCUAUUCAACACAAUGUUCAUCAGCGUUUUGCAGAAAGGAGGAGGGGUGAACAAAAGAAGAGCCUGCUGGAUCAGGCCAAUGGCCCAUCUACUGCAUCUGCCCCUUCUGACCAGACGCACACUAGCAGGAUCUGAGCACAAGAGCCCUCUUCGCUCCUGUGGUUUUGAGCAAUUGGUAUUCAGAAGCACUGCCGGAGCAUAGCCAUGGUGGCUGACAGCCAUUGAUGUCAGUACGCCUUUCAACCUAUGUCAGCGACUGGGCUCAAUAACUGGUUCUGUCCCGACUAGGCUAGGCGACUGGAGCACUUUCAGAGACCUUCCAAUCCUGGAAAACAUGUCCUAGUGCACUGGACCCACAACUGUGCAUUGUGAGCACCAGACUCAUGAAGAGUAUACCGUAUUUUUUGCUCUAUAAGACUCACUUUUUCCCUCCUGAAAAGUAAGGAGAAAUGUGUGUGCGUCUUAUGGAGCGAAUGCAGGCUGCGCAGCUAUCCCAGAAGCCAGGACAGUAAGAGGGAUUGCUGCUUUCACUGCGCAGCGAUCCCUCUUGCUGUUCUGGCUUCUGAGAUUCAGAAUAUUUUUUUUUGUGUUUUCCUCCUCCAAAAACUAGGUGUGUCUUGUGGUCUGGUGCGUCUUAUAGAGUGAAAAAUACGGUAAAUAACGUGGAAGCUAGCUGUGAAGCAUAACUCCUUUUAUUUCUAAUAGCUACUACAAACUAACAAACUACAGUGGUACCUCGGGUUACAUACGCUUCAGGUUACAUACGCUUCAGGUUACAGACUCUGCUAACCCAGAAAUAGUGCUUCAGGUUAAGAACUUUGCUUCAGGAUGAGAACAGAAAUAGUGCUCCGGCAGCGGCAGCGGGAGGCCCCAUUAGCUAAAGUGGUGCUUCAGGUUAAGAACAGUUUCAGGUUAAGAACAGACCUCCGGAACGAAUUAAGUACUUAACCCGAGGUACCAAUGUACUGGCUUGCAUGAGUUCCCACUCAGCCAUCUGGUCACUACAUAGAUAAGACUCUCCACACACAGAGUCAGGCAGUCAGUUGGGAGCGGAAGAGUGGAAGAGCAGUUUCCGCCCCCUCCUUUCUCAAAACAUCAGAUCAGGAGAUUCUGUCAAUGGGAGGGGUGAAAAUAUCAACAAUUGAUACCCCUCUCCUCCAUGAAUUUGUCUAAUCUUCCUUUAAAUCCACCUCAGUCAGUGGCCACCAUUGCUUCCUGCAGCAGAGAGUUCCAUAGUUUAACUACAUGCUAUGUGAAGAAGUAGGGACACGGGUGGUGCUGUGGGUUAAACCACAGAGCCUAGGACUUGCCGAUCAGAAGGUCGGCGGUUCAAAUCCCCGUGAUGGGGUGAGCUCCUGUUGCUCGGUCCCUGCUCCUGCCAACCUAGCAGUUCGAAAGCACAUCAAAGUGCAAGUAGAUAAAUAGGUACCGCUCCGGCGGGAAGGUAAACGGUGUUUCUGUGUGCUGCUCUGGUUCGCCAGAAGCGGCUUAGUCAUGCUGGCCACAUGAUUCGGAAGCUGUACGCCGGCUCCCUCGGCCAAUAAAGCGAGAUGAGCGCCGCAACCCCAGAGUCGGUCACGACUGGACCUAAUGGUCAGGGGUCCCUUUACCCUUUACCUUAUGUGAAGAAGUAGCUUCUUUUAUCUGUCCCGAAUCUUCCAAAAUUCAGCUUCAUUAGGUGCCCACGACUUCCAGUUUUAUGAGAGAGGGAGGAAAAACUUUUCUCUAUCCAUGCAUGAUUUUAUAAACUUCCAUCAUGUCACCUCUAACCUUUUCUCUAAACUAAAAAGUCCCCAAUGCUGCAGUUUUCUUUAUAGGGGAGUCACUAUCUUGUUGCUCAUUUGAGUUGCCUUUAGUUCCCUACCUCUGCUAUAUAAGGAUAAGUCUGGUAAAUAUGGAAAAAACGUUGAAACUGCUCACAUAAUCAAUAGCACUUUGACAAGGCCAAUACUGUGUCUUUAUGCUGUUGGUUCCUAAAAGAUCUUGGCACAGAAUUCUGGGCUGUAGAACAAUACCGUGCAUCUAUUCCUUAAAAAAUAAAUAAAUAAAAAUGUCUGGGCGGAGGAAGACAGCAGAACCAGAGUUAUUUCAAGAUACUAUCUUUAUUAAGGCAAUUUGAAGAGUCUGGGAUCAAUAGCCGCCAGUUAUUGCUAUAGCAAAGUCCCCUUAUGCAACCAGUUUUCUAUCGUGACGUCUUUUGAGAGCGGUAACAAAGCAGAUUUUUUUAUUUUUUAAUGUUGGAAGAAAUAGCAGUGGGAUAGCUCAUAUCCUUACACACAGCACCCUUUCAAUGAUGCUUUCAGUUUUAUGGGAGGGAUCAGAGCUGCUCUCUUAGAUAAUAAAUGCUCUUAAUAAGUAGAGCUGCCGUGUUUAAUUGAUUCAUCAUUUGUGUUUUUAAAAGUACAUUGCAGGCCUAUGCAUGUCAGUCCCGCUGAGUUCAAUGCUCCUUACUCCCAGGUAACGAUGGGCAUAUCUAUCAAUUUCAGUUUCUCUCAUGCUGUAUUCAUGGAAGCAUAGAAUUGUAGGGUUGUCAGGGACCCCCAAGGGCCAUCUAGUCCAACCCCCUGCAAUGCUAGAAUCUCAACUGAAUAAUCCCUGACAGAUGGCCUGCCAACCAGUGUUUAAAAGCCUCAAGGGGGGAGAAUCCACCGCCUUCCAAAACAUUCUGUUCCACUGUCGAGCAGCUCUUACUGUCAGAAAGUUUUUCCUGACAUUUCUUGGAAUUCAGGGUUGCCAUAUUCCAAAAAGUAAAAACCAGGACACCCCAAAAGUUUCUGAACCAGAGCAGCACACGGAAACACCCUUUUACCUUCCCGCCAGAGCGGUACCUAUUUAUCUACUUGCACUUUGACUUGCUUUCGAACUGCUAGGUUGGCAGGAGCAGGGCCCGAGCAAUGGGAGCUCACCCCGUCGUGGGGAUUCGAACCGCUGACCUUCUGAUCGGCAAGUCCUAGGCUCAGUGGUUUAACCCACAGCGCCACCCACAUCCGGAUGGAAGUUAUACCCAGUGCUUUCUUCUGGGAGUAUUCAAGGGUACGCAGUACUGGUGCUUUUUUCUUUCUUUCCAGAAGAAAAGCACAGGUCAUAUUCCAAUAGCACCUGGAGGAUUACAGUUCCCCAUCCCUGCUAUUGUGUGUGGAUGGUGCCAUUCUGUCUCUGUAAGGAUCCACAUGCAGCACAAGGAACUUGCUAUUAGUAUGUUGGAUCCUGGAUCAAUGACCUGAUGUAGCCAGGCAUGUAAGAAAGCAGCCAUUUCCAUCCCAACCUCUCCAACAGCCAGUUCUGUUUCCAUUCCACUGAAGCCUAGGGUUCGCUAAAUACUUCCUUGCCCUCCUUCACCGUCCGCACAAUUUUAUUUAACUUGCAUAAUUAUUUCCAUGAUUUAUGCAAGUUGUGAAUUUGGUGUAACUAUCCCCAUGCCAUUCAUUUCAUUGCAGAGGCUAGUCGUUUCAGUGGAAAAGAAAACACAAUUUAAGUGCUGUCAUUUAUGUAUCGUUUGUGAACUGAAAACAGCAGCACCGGUGUAUACUGACGGUUGUUCCCUGGAUUGAUUUCUGUUCCGGAUACGGGACAAAUAAGCAGACAAUGGCAAUUUAUAACUCUUUCUCAUUUCCAUUAGAAUUCUCCCACAUUCUUCGAUUCAGCACAACACAGUACUCUCUUUUCAAAGGCAGAGCUUCUUUGCAUGCAAAACAAGGCAACAAUUUGCAUUUAUUAUUAAAGCUAAUCUUUAAAACAUUUAGCAGCAGAAUCAUGACACAUCUAAAAAAUUGAACGGGGAGAGGGUUCUGAAAUGCCUGUUUUGUGUUUUUAAUGAGCUGGCAUCCUAUAGAAUUUCAGUGCCUGUAAAGCGAGGCUGCAAAUGUUCCCUGUCUCUCUUCCUACAUAGAUGAUGGGGCCCCAGUAGAGCACUAAGUACGUUUUACACUCUGCUGGCUGACAGGUCCUCCAUCAUUUGAAAACUCUCAUCUUCUUCCUUGAGUAGAGUUUGGCUCAAGGCAAGGCGUCAGCUUAAACAAGUCUUUGCCUUUGCUUGUCUGGGAUGAGGAUGCCACCAGCCGCUGGCAUCUUGCAACUGGCUUCUUUGACAUUAAAGGAGGGGUGGGAGACUGGACCUGGCUUGGGGGCCAGAUUGUUAUCUCCUCCAAUAACCUUUGUGGGCGGUGGGAAGCGAUUCCCGCUUGUCAAUCACCUGAUGCCACAAUGGUGUCAGGUGACCCUCUUUUGCCCCUUUCAAAGCGCUAUCUUGACAACUGCUCUGCAGAGGGUUUUUCAUGUGCAGUGCCCACAGAUCUCUUUUCAGCACAGGUUUUUAAGUCAGCUACAGAAAUAAUAAUAAUAAUAAUAAUAAUUAAUAAUACAGUUGUACCUUGCAUCUCAAAUGCCUUGGCUCCCAAACAAAUCGGCUCCUGAAUGAUUGAAACCUGGAAGUGAGUGUUCCAGUUUUCGAACGAUUUUCAGAAGCCGAAUGUCUGGUGCAGUUUGCAUGGCUUCUGAUUGGCUGCAGGAGCCACACUUUGGUUUCCAAAUGUUUCGGUAGUUGAAUGGACUUCCGGAACAGAUUCCAUUUGACUUUCAAGACACGACUGUAAUAAAUAAUAAUAAUAAUAAUAAUAAUAAUGUCCCACCCAUCUGGCUGGGUUUCCCCAGCCAGCUUCCAGCUAAAUAUAAAAACAUAAUAAAACUUCAAACAUACAGGGCUGUCUUCUAAAAGUUGUGUAGUUCCUUGGUGCAGUGUGUAGUUCUGUAGUGCAUCCGGUGUGGUUGCACUGGGAGUUUUGCUGCAGGGGGUGCCAAAACAAUGCUGUAGACCUGAGCGAGAGAGGCGAGGGGCGCGUGUUCCAAAUUUUUAGCGUUGCACAAGGCGCUGCUGAAAUUUGAGAGCCCAAAGUUUACCACUGCUGAUGUGUUUCAUUGGCUCUUCUUUGCACCCUCCAGUCUGGCUGGAAUGUGUUCAUGAGCUAUGAUUAUGCUCAUUGUUUGCCUGGAGGGAGGAUAGAGACGAGUGUGAGAGUGCAUGUAGAAACGAGCAUUUUGUAUUAAGGUAAAAUCACAUUUCUUGCUUUGCCUACGUUUAUCUCUGGCUCCACCCACUACCUAUUGGAUUUAUUGAUAUUGUGCAUUUGGAAGCAAUAGGAUGAAUAAAAACUGACUUGGAAUAAAAAUUGUCCAGUCCAAAAACAGGUUUCAAAAGCUUUACUAACAGAACUUGCUCCAAAACAGACACUCAAAACAACGAUGUUACAUCCAAAUAGUUGCAGAAUACCAUGUGCACAGGUGGAACAUCUUAGAAAGAUGAAAUUACUUCACCCAGAGCCUGAAAACAAAACUCUGUCUCUCUACACACAGCCUACAUUCCAUCCUGAGGCUGUGUUCCUGGAGAAAGUCAUUAACACAGCAUCCUGUUUGGUGGCUUGAGAACAAAAGACUGACUCACACACUCAACAUGGAGAUUUGCAAUGGAAUACCCCAUGUGAUCUAAGUUAAACACCUCUUGGCAGAGUAGCAGAGAUACAUUCUAAGUUAAUUAUCAACUGUCAGGCUCUCUGCAACUUUUUUGUUUAGCUUCAGUGGAAGUUUCCAUGCUAUGCAUUUAGCAGUACACAUACACCCUUGUGCAAAUUAAUUGAAACAAAGCAUAUUUUCUAUCUUAUUCGUAAUCCUGUACUCAAAACAAACACAAAAAGUCAGUUGAUCAUUAUGGUGUCGGAAGCCUGCAGCCCAUAGAAGGAAUGAUGCGCUUGCCACAAUAUAUUGAGGUUCUACGAAAGAGAGUUAUUCCAGAUCUGGAAAAGAGGUAUCCUGACGGUACUGGGAUAUUGCAGCAGGACCUAGCCCCCUGUCACACACCGAAAGUGGUGAAGAAAAUCAGGACAGAGCAGCAAAUACAGGUACUUGAUUGGCCAGAGAAUUCCCCAGACAUAAAUCCCAUUGAGAAUUUGUGGGCUAUAUGCAAAAGUUGCCUCCAUGCUGUAGACUGUACGACUAUGGAGAAGAUCAUUCAGGCGCUAAUUCAAGUAUGGUACAGGGAUCCAAAAAUCAACAGUGACUGUUCAAAACUAGUAGACUCUGCCAAACUAUGUUCAAAUGCUGCUGAAAAAUGUGUUGUUUAGUCGUUUAGUCAUGUCCGACUCUUCGUGACCCCAUGGACCAGAGCACGCCAGGCUCUCCUGUCUUCCACUGCCUCCCGCAGUUUGGUCAAACUCAUGCUGGUAGCUUCGAGAACACUGUCCAACCAUCUUGUCCUCUGUCGUCCCCUUUUCCUUGUGCCCUCCAUCUUUCCCCACAUCAGGGUCUUUUCCAGGGAGUCUUCUCUUCUCAUGAGGUGGCCAAAGUACUGGAGCCUCAGCUUCAUGAUCUGUCCUUCCAGUGAGCACUCAGGGCUGAUUUCCUUCAGAAUGGAUAGGUUUGAUCUUCUUGCAGUCCAUGUCAUAUCUGUUACUAAUGUACAUAUACAUGAGUUUUGUACAUGUAUAUGUGAGUUUUGUACAAUAAACUACAUUGUUUGUUUCAAUUAAUUUGCACAAGGGUGUACAGGCAGUUAUUUUCCAUUUCAAUGUACAAUAAAACAAUUAUUCUUAACACCGCUAGCAUGUAGUGACUGGGAGUUUGCCCCCAAGGAAGUGCAUUCCUUGGGCUGUUCUCUAUACAUGUUGCUUCCAGCAUUGCGUGCAGCUGUGUGCACAGGUAUGGUGGACUGCAAGACGAGCCCAAUGACCCUCCCAUUGUCUCAUGGUGUCACUUCUACUUGUGUGGGCAACUGUCAGCCUGAGAAUUGCCAUCAUUACUCUCCCGCAGUCCUUCUACCCUGAUCAUUGUUGUUAACCUAAGCAUUUUUGUUAGCGAUUAAGAUCUCGAAUGCCACUCUGACACAUUGAUUUAAAUGCCUUCAUUAUUUCCUUCGCUUUCAGAGAUGAGGCAAUCCAUGACAAAGAGGUUAAUUGCAACCCAAUAGAGCUACGCUAAUGUUUUAUUAAGGAAAGAGCUAGUCACGGUGGCCUUUUUCGGCAGAGGAAACCUGCUAAUAAUAACGAAGCCAGAUGGAACCCAGUUCCCGAGACAGCCUUGAGGACAGUGCUGUAAUUCGCACCAGUCUGCUUUUGGCAAAGAACAAAACAGAAACACUUCCCUGGUGAUGACAUGCUUGGCAGUGGUCCAGGAAAGAGCAAUAUAAGAAGGUGCCCUGUUCUGGAUUAGACUAUUUCUUGUCCGUCUAGCCUAGCAACCUCCAGUCCAGGGAUAGGCAAUGUGGAGUUCCCUAGCUGUUAGAGUCCAACUCCCAUCAGCCCCAGCCAGUAAGGCCCGUGGUCAGGGAUGAUGGGACUUGUAGUCUUUAGGCCACCACACUGGGGAAGACAGCCCUUGAGAGCCACAGGUAGAUGGGACAAUGGUCUACUAUAAGACAUCUGGCAGGUUCCACCUUUGCUACUCCUGGUUUAGUUGGACCGGCAGCGGUUCUCAGGUCCACAGGAAAAGUCACAAUGCCAGACUUUAGACUGGUGACACCAGGGAUGAAACCUGAUACUUGCACACAAAGUGUGCGCUGAACUACGCCCCUGCAAAAAAAUCCCCACUCUCUCAACUGAUAGACUCUCCAUCCUUGGGACAUCAUCAUCAUCAUAUAUUAUUUAUUAUUUAUACCCUGCCCAUCUGGCUGGAUUUUCCCAGCCACUCUGGGUGGCUCCCAACAGAAUAUUAAAAACACAAUAAAACAUCAAACAUUAAAAACUUCCCUAAACAGGGCUGCCUUCAGAUGUCUUCUAAAAGUCAGGUAGUUGUUUAUUUCCUUGACAUCUGAUGGGAGGGCGCCACUACCGAGAAGGCCCUCUGCCUGGUUCCCUGUAACCUCACUUCUCGCAGUGAGGGAACCGCCAGAAGACCUGGUGCCAGAUCUUAGUGUCUGGGCUGAACGAUGGGGGUGGAGACACUCCUGCAGUACCAGCCCAGUGCCAGAAUCUUCCCUUUCUGGAUCAUGGAAAGGACUUUCUCCAUUUUUAUUCCUGCUCUUAGAGCUCAAUAAAUCCCACUCGAUGCCAUUUAUUGAGCACGCUUAGCUCAGAUCAGGCAUGUUAACCCUAUAACCUCCCUCUCAGGCAAACACCCCUUCUAGCUAUGCCCCUUCAGAGCAAGGGAAGGGCACCUCCACAUAGGCCAACCUAUAUGCCAUGGAACUGGUUUAUACUGUAAGUAAAGGAACUGACCCUACCUAGAACCGUCUGGUGUUUUUCCGUUCCAUUUGGCACAUUCCUCUGGCAUGCCCCAACAUUUUGAUGGCAAUUCUGCUUAUCCAAUGCACAGAGCACCUUCCCCCAGCAUCCAGUCUUCUUAAAGUUGAGCUUUGCUAGAAAACAUUUAGUUUGAUUUAUGAGCCAGAAAGAGAGUGUUUGAUGAUAAAAGGAGGAAACACACACACACACACACACACACACACACACCCGUCAGUGUACGGCCAACUGCUUUGUUUAUUUGUUUGUUCAUUUGCACCCUGCCCUUCUUCACCAGAGCUAUGUGACAUGUCAUGUUCAAGGUCCACGAUCAGAUCUCCAGGUAACGAUAUCUUCAGAGGCAUCCACAUUGGUGCAGUUUGGAAUGAUUUGGUUCACCAUCUGUAUUCAAAAUGGUACCCAGUAGGCAAAUAACCACCUCCUCCACCUCAGGAACCAUCAUGCCAAACUGGGUGAUGAUCUCUUGAGAGGCAUCUGAAACCAACAGAGAACAGACAAGACUUUCCAAAAUAAUAUAGUAGAUUCAAGCUCUGACCAGAGUUAAGGGACACUUUCUAGCCAAGCGAAAACAUUCAAGAAGAGUGAGCAGCAGGCCAGCGAGGGUUAGGGCUGGGCAGGAUCCCAACGGCCAAAAACAGAGGUCUGGUGGGCCUCAGUCAGCCCUGGUCCUGAGCUUCUGAGUCCUGAUUUAGAGCUUUAAAGGACAGAACCAGCACCUCGAAAUGGACCCAGGAACAAAUCUAGAGCUAACAAUUUUAACGGAACAUUAAUAUUAUGUGAUAUAAUGAAUGGACUUCCUUCAGCACUCUUAUAAUGGUGGCAAAGAAGGUUGUUGGUUUUUUUGGAGGUAACUGGUGGCUGAAUGACCCUUCAGCUCUCAAAGACAAUGACAGAUGUCCAGAUUGAUUUUCAUUGUUCUGGAUCAGGUCUCCUCAGGUUUCCUGGCCCUGGAACACUCCAUAAUCAGUAUAAUCAGACGAGAAACCAAUGGAGAGGCAUACUUUAUGUUUCGGACUGGGAGUCAGGACGACACAAUUACAAAACUGCUCUAUUGAUUUUUGGCAAGUGAGAGCAUUUUACUUUCAUUAGUUUAAAUGAAGAAGAAGGCUGGAAGCACAGUCUUUCGCCCUGUGUCCUGCCAAGCCACUGCACAAGAAGUCGUUUUCGGAAGGCUCAUUGAUUUGGAGGGGGCGAAUGAACAGUACAAGCUCCAGUCUGUGGGAGAAAAAAAGUUAUUUCCUCCUGAAGGCUAGAAUGAUCCCAUGCUUCUGCAGUUGCUUCAGAAGUCUCAGAGUGGUACCAAGUCAAGGCCGUGUCCCAGUCAUCUCCAUGCAGAAGGCCCUGAUUAAUGUGUUCUGAGCAGCCAAAACGCUAAAUGAAUGUUGAGGAGAUGUUCCUUUUCUGCUUGAAGAAGUUAACUGCAUCAGUGGUGCUCCACCACUGCCAGAGAAGAGCCUUAGGGCUUAGCAGUUGCUGAAGUGUGAGAGAUGUGAGGGAUGGAGUUUGCUCUCACAAGCAGCAGUGAUGGCCACCAACUUAGAUGGCUUUAAAAGAGGAUUAGACAAACUCAUGGGGAACAAGCCAUCCCCGGCUUCUAACCCUGAGGGAUAUACUUUACUUCUGGGAGGUAGAUAUGAUAGCUAUCUUCAACCACAAUUUAAGAAGGAUAUUUACAAGCUGGUACGUGUGCAGAAGAAGGCAACCAAGAUGAUCAAGGGUCUGGAAAUCAUUCAGAGGAAUGGUUGAAGGAACUGGGUGUGAUGGCCUGGGACUCGGAACCAGAGGAGACUCAGUCUGCACUGGAUCCUUUGCCUCAGGCAUCAUCUGAACCAAGUCUGGGGCCUGAUCCUGAAGAGUCCCAGUCUGCACAGGUUUCCCUGCAACAAACACCAGCUGGGCCAAGUCAGGGGCCUGAGCCUGCCCUGGCUCCAUAUGCGGGAAUUACCUCGUUGCCUUCAGCUGGGCAAUCAAUUGCAGCUGCUCCACUGCCAGUUGGGUCAGGAGAGGCUGAGGUGGCCUCUGGGUCCAGUAACCCACCGACAUCUCCCGAGCUGCAGAGACUAAGGUCUGAGAGAAGGAGAGACCUGAGUACUCGCAGGAGGAGUGCUCGCUUUCGGGCAAAACAGGGAGGUGAGUCACUGGGGAUCAGGACUGGCUGCUACCCCGACAAAGAAAAAAGGCUGUUGGGCCCCACCCCAGGUUGUGGGAGCAACAUUGCUGUAUGCUAGACCCUGCCUGAGAUCCUGUACCUGUCCUUGCCUGGUUUCCUGCCUUGGACCUGUCGGACUGACUCCUAAUGGAAGUCAGAUUCUGGCUUCAGAUUCUGGACCGGUCCUGGACCGCAUUGCACGGGUUACUCCCGGGCCCAGCACACUGGAUAUGUUUAGCCCGGAAACGAGGAGACUGAGAGGCGAUAUGAUGGAGCAAGCUUGUAUUUUGCUAUUCCAGAGGGUAGGACCCAAACUAAUAGAUUCAAGUGACAAGAAAGGAGAUUCCAACUAAAUUAGGAUGAACUUUGACAGCAAGAACUGUUCAACAAUGAAAUGGAUUAUCUCAGAAGUUGGUGGGCUGUCCUUCCUUGGAGGUUUUUAAAGAGAGAUUGGAUGGCCAUCUGUCAGGGAUUCUUUAGCUGCGAUUCCUGCAUGGCAGGGGGUUGGGCUGGAUGAUCCGUGGGGAUCCUUCCAGCUCUUCAAUUCCAUGAUUCUGUGAUUCUAUGAAAAUAUAUCAGCAACAGUAAUAAUACCUAUCUGCAGCACCCAGUGUUGUAUUUCUGUAGUGGAAGUGGGGUAUUUUGCAUGCAGAAAAAGUGUUCCUCUUGAACUUUCAGAAUUAGCACCCGCAUUUUCCUUUUUUCUCUUCCCUUCCUAUCCUAGUCCCCAAAUCCAUUUAUUCUCCCAGCCCCAUUAUCCAUUUUGUGUAAUGUGUUUUAGAUUGUUAAAUCUGCAAGCAGGGACCACAGUGUUUUCAUUGAUUGUAUGCAACCCACCCUGGGAGCUUAACUGGCUGAAAUGCGGGGUAUGAAUUCUCUUAAUCAAAUGAACCAAACAAAUCAAGGGAAUUCAUUCCUUCUGUGUUCCUGUCACCUUAAGCAGCCCAAGGUUCUUAAUUCUUUUUUUAAAAAAUGGGUUAUUCUGUAUUCAGUAAGCACUGGCUCUGCUGAAUGACCAAAGAGGAAAGGGUCAGGCAAAAGCAUGUUCUAUCGUUUUGAGUACAAAAAGGAGGAAAUAAAAUAUUAAAAGCUUUAAUCUGAUCACUAUGCAGAUUAAUGACCUAAACUUCUGGGAAUAAGUAUUGACUGACUGACCAUCUGCCAUCAAAAAUUCAAAAUAGCUGACUAAGCUGAGAUAAUUCAGAUAAAUGUAGGAGUCAUAAACAGCAUACAAAUAUUGCCCUGUAGCAAUGGAGCAACCACCCUCUUCCUGUAAUCCAUGGUUGGGGGGACAUUUUACACCCCAAAGGACCUGUUUGCUCAUGUACCACCUCCCAGCGGCUGCAUACUGGGGUGGGUGGGGCCAGAAGCAAAAGUAGGUGGAGCAACAGAUACCAUUUGGUUCAGUAGGCUACAUCGAAAAGGGAACAAGCUUGUUUUCUCCUGCUCUGGAGGGUAGGACUCAAACAAAUGGCCUUACAAGAAAGGAGAUUCCACCUAAACACCAGGAAGAACUUUCUGACAGUAAGAACUGUUUGACAGUGGAACAGUCGCCUUGGGAGGUUGUGGACUCUCCUUCCUUGGAGGUUUUUAAGCAGAGGUUGGAUGGCCAUCUGUCAUGGAUGAUCCAGUUGAGAUUCCUGCAUUGCAAGGGGUCCCUUCCUACUCUGGAGUCUACGAUUCUAUGAGUCUAUGAUUCUAGCCACACCAUAGGGAGAGCCAGAGGAGGGAAGGAGGGCCAAGCACAUCCCACAAAGAGCUCACCUGCCCACUUGCCCCCCAUUUCUGAACUCUUGUCAUUAAUAUGUCACCCACCUACAAAUAUACUUUGCCCAUUCUGCGCCUGCCCAUAUUUUUUGUUUCUGGUGCCACCACUGAACCACACAAAGUCCUUCUACACCCCCAUCUCUCCAUUCGGGGCAAGUGGCAUUAUCAUGGUUCAAUCAAACUUUCCAAUUAAGCAAAAACAUUCAAGGGCCUGGAUGGAGUCUGCAGGCUCGUUAGAGAGCGCUGCAAUUGAGCCCUGGGCCUGAGGUUCCCCACUCUUGCUAUAAUAGCAGGGUAGUUACUCUCUGUUAACCUUCCACCCUAGACUCUACAAGCAACAAAUCUAGUCCUAGCAAGCCUGGACCACCCACGGCAUGCCUUGGAGGGGUGUCUCAGAUGCUGAUCUUAUAUAGUUGCUGAGCUAGGAUACCUUUUGCCUCUUCUACUUUCCAGCUCUCAAUAUGAUUGUCCUCUGUUUGUUCUCCUUUAUGUUGGUCGAACCCCUGUAACUGCACAGUAGGAUUUAAAACUCUUAAGGAAAAGAAUUUUGGCUAUAUUGACCCAAGUCCAGUUAGCUUUUUGUUGGCUAAGGAGACUGAUGGAAUUCAUCGCUCAUGGUUUCUUCACUUAGUUGGGUUCAUUCUAUGGUCUAUUCUGCAGGUACUGAUGAAUUAUCCCCUAAAUCCUUGUAAAUAAUGCUAGAUUUAUGUAGAUUCCAGAGUGUGGAUGGGGAAAAGAUGAUCAGGGAAAAAAGUUUUUCAGUUCAUCGGACAAUUUUAAAAAUCAGUUUAAUCCUACCUAUAGAUUAGCUAAACGUUGCAGACCUUAACGUUCCAAGAUAGACUGCAGGAAUAGCAUUUGGAUACCAUUGCUGGCACUGGGACAUUGUUGCAACCCCUACGUUCUGAAUGAGAAGAUGACCGAUGGUCAUUGCCAACCAGUGAACCUCACAAUGUUCUCCUUCCUCUUUGCAGGCUGGACGAAGUUUGCUCGAUUGACACGAGCUUUGACGAACAGUCGGAGUGUUCUGCAGCAGCUAACGCCUAUGAACAAAGCCGAGGUGGUCCAUAAACACUCACGGUUAGCUGAAGUAAGUGUCAAACAAAUGCUCUCCUCUCCUGAUCUGAAACUGUCUGUCUGUGUGUGUGUGUGUGUGUGUGUGUGUGUGUGUGUGUAACUUUGCAGACAGAAAGAACCACCAGCCAAAGUUUCAAGUAUAAGCUGCAGGGCCACUUUUCCUUUCCCAGGAAGAAAAGACCUCGUUGAGAUGGAAGCAACACCAAGAAAGAGAGAUAGAGAGAAAGCUUUGAUUGUUCUAGGAUGGUGAUGGAGUAGGAUGGGAAGCCAGUGGAGCAAAAGGGCAAGAAUGAAAAAUAUUUUUACUUACUGAUGAUGAUGGUAGUGGUGGUGAUGAUGAUUAUAUAUAUAUACCAUCAUUAGCACUAGAAGACAGGACCCAGCCCCAAAGAUCUUACAACUUAUUUAUUUAGAUGUAGACCUCUACCCCAUCCUUCUACAUAGGAAAUAUAUAGAGCUGCCUUAUCCUGAGUCAGACCACUAGUUCAUUCAGCUCAGUAAUGUCUAUACCGACUGGAAAUGGCUUUCUGGGAUUUGAGGCAAGGGACAGUCCCAAUGUUACCUGGAGAUGCCAGGGAUUGAACCUAGAACCUUCAGCAUUCUCUACCACUGAGCUGCCGUCUUUCCUUGAAUUGGGUUUGUGGGAGUUCAUGCUGUAAUGAGCAAUAACCCAUGUGGUAACACCUGCGUAUCUUUUAUUUUAAGGUUCUCCAGCUGGGUUCCGAUAUUCUUCCACAAUACAAGCAAGAAGCCCCAAAGACUCCACCACAUAUCAUUUUACACUACUGCGCUUUCAAGACCACUUGGGACUGGGUCAUCUUAAUCCUUACCUUCUACACGGCCAUCAUGGUUCCUUACAACGUGUCCUUCAAAACCAAGCAGAACAACAUUGCAUGGUUGGUUCUGGAUAGCGUGGUGGAUGUUAUUUUCCUGGUAGACAUAGUCCUGAAUUUUCACACAACCUUUGUUGGACCUGGUGGAGAGGUCAUCUCAGAUCCCAAACUCAUCAGGAUGAACUACCUGAAAACCUGGUUCGUGAUAGACCUUUUGUCAUGUUUACCUUAUGACAUCAUUAAUGCCUUUGAGAAUGUGGAUGAGGUAAGCAAUCUCAAUCUGGUUUUGCCCGGGACUGCUUGAGGUUCUGUAGUUUAUAAUGUUCUGAAUGUGGGUCAUGACCAAAUGUUAGAGCACUUCCAGUUAAGCUAAUUCUCUCGCACUGAAAUCAAUGGGAACAUAUGAAGCUCACAAAAUCCAUAGUAGGUCAAGGUAAAUGCCACAAAAUAUGGAGCAAGCUUCUGGUCUGCAAUGGUGUCAAUCUUAAGAUGGAGUGUGGGGGGAAGGUAGCAGAGUUAUUAGGUGAAACUCUCUUGGGUUCACCAGUUUCUGGGGCCCCAUUGGAACUGGUGGUGCAGAAGGCUGGGAGGUCAACAGUAGGUGUAGCCAGAGCCAAGCUUUCAUCCUCAUUCUCCUCUCUGCUCAGUUCUACAACGGAAGCACUGAAAUGAAGGAGGAAGAAGCUGACUGGUGGUGCCACCCUCUGGACUGGUUGUAAGUGGGAAAGCAGGCAGGUAGAGGCUGGUAGAAGUUAGCCUGAGAUUGGUGUCCAAAUGGACCACUAUCCACUACCUAGGUGCCAACUAGAUUUUAGGUUACACCUUGGGAUGCUGAUACAAGAUACAAUGACCCAGUUUGCAUGUAAUGCAUAGCUAAACAAUGGCUUAGCACAAACAAAUGAGUUCCCAGAGCAAAGACAGCAGCUGCUGCUCUAUUCCUCCACUCCUCCUGCUGCUGCAUUAUCCGGGGCUAAGCCAAGGUUUGGUUUAGCAUUACAUCUAUUCCCAGGUUUGUGGGUGGUCUCACUCCAGACAAGCUGUGAACUGUAGCCAAGGUUUGCUCUUGGUUUUCAGUUUUCAUGGGGGAAGACAAACCAUGAACUUGGUUUCAGAUGUAACACUUAGCCAAACCAUCGCUUAGUCCCAUGUAACAUGGCAACAGCAGGACUGAAGGAAGAGCCCAGUAGUUGGUCUUCUCAAUGAACCCUUGUGUUUGCUUGUUUCUGCCAAACCAUGGUUUAGUGUUAUUUGAAGACUGGGCCAGUGGCUGAUUCCCCUUUUCUGAAAAUGUAAAAUCCAGCAAUUCUCAAGAUCUGUCAACAGAAUGAAACAAAGGUUCUUGGGGAGAGAGAAUAGCAGAGACCUUGUUAAUUCUUAUAUUAGCAAAGCAGGAUAUUAAUUUCAGAUGGAACACCAGGUUAAACAAGUCAAAAGUGGUAAAAUAAGGUAGCUUUACCUGGUGGUUGGAGGGAACAGAUAUUCAGAAUAAAGUUUGAUGAAGCUUGCUUCACUCUAAUAUCUAAAUCUGUAAAUUAAAAUGAAAAACUGGCAACAGCUAAAAGCCGAUCAACACGAAAACAACAGCAGUCAGGCCCACAGACAAACGCUUUUAAUAAGCAUAUUAUUUAAGCAUUCAUUAUAACACUACAGAUGUCAAGCUUGACACACGAGCAGGACAAAGAGUAAAUAAUAUGCCAAAUUAAGAAGUCUUCUUUCUAAAUGAAGAUGCAUCAUCUCCUCAACAUAAGGCAUUAAUUCACCCAGUCAAGUAACGUUUCAUUUUUAAUGCCCACCCUCGAGGCCUGAGCUAAAAUUUUAGCAUUGCUUAUCAGCACCAGAUUUUGUCCAUGCCGAGAAAACUUGGUCUUUCAAACAGCAGCAAGAGUCAUUUUUGAAGGGUGAUCAAGACAUGCAACCAAGAAACAGAUCCAUGAUGUCUCCCUCGGGAGGUGAUGGACUCUCCUUCCUGGGAGGUUUUUAAGCAGAUGUUGGAUGGCCAUCUGUCAUAGAUGCUUUAGCUGAGAUUCCUGCAUUGCAGGAGGUUGGACUAGGGAUCCCUUCCAACUCUACAAUUCUAUGAUUCUACUUCGGGCUGCAGCUGGGAAUCUCAGGUCUAGGGGGACAGAUCCUGGCCUUUUUAUCUGGCACCUGGGUCUCUUCCCAAGCCACACCGCUUGGUGACCUCCCUCUUUGAUCUCCCUGGGUGCUUGUUCCUGCCUGGAGUGUGUCCUUGAGCUGUGACCAUGGCUGGCUGCAGGAUAGGGUAAGGUGUGUGGCUGUGCCCUGUUGCUCUGCCCACUUUUCCCUCAGGUCCCACCCACCACGGACAUACAAUGCCUUGAAAAUGGACCGUAGAGGAGUCUGGCACCUCAACUGGGAAAAAAAGGCUCCCCCAUCUUUGACGUAGGGCAGGCAUGUCCAACAGGUCAAUUGCGAUCUACUGUUCGAUCGCGGGGGUGUUUUUGGUCGAUUAAUAUAAGUGAUUCUGGAUGGGCUCCCUCCCAAAAUAAGUUCAACAACUCUGGCUCAUCUCCACCUAAAAAAAGCUCAACAACAACAACAACAACAACAACAACAACAACAACAACAAUAAUAAUUUAUUAUUUAUACCCCGGCCAUCUGGCUGAGUUUCCCCAGCCACUCUGGGCGGCUUCCAAUCAAGUGUUAAAAACAAUACAGCAUUAAAUAUUAAAAACUUCCCUAAACAGGGCUGCCUUCAGAUGUCUUUUAAAGAUAGGAUAGCUGCUUAUUUCCUUCACAUCUGCUGGGAGGACGUUCCACAAGGCGGGCGCCACUACCGAGAAGGCCCUCUGUCUGGUUCCCUGUAACCUCACUUCUCGCAAUGAGGGAACUGCCAGAAGGCUCUCGGUGCUGGAUCUUAGCUGAACGAUGUGGGUGGAAACACUCCUUCAGGUAUACAGGACCGAGGGUAGAUCACUGCUAGGUUUUUUUUAUACUGGGAGUAGAUAGCAAGCAGUUCCUUGGGAGUUGGUGCUGUAGGGAAUGCAGUGUUGCGUUGAGGGAGAGAACCUGCACUGAUCAUACUAAUGACGGGGAUUUCAUAGUCAUAGGGGGAAUACCUGCAAUUAACAAGGCAUUUCCCUCUCAGCCCUUCACCCAUUGACACAAUGUUGGAUAUUUCCCACCCCACCCAUUGCACAUAAAGUGUCUGUUUGUCAGAACAGUUCGGCAUCUAGUUCAGCAUCCUACUCCCCAGAAGAUUAUGCCAAUGGCCCAUCUCUCCCGUCUAUGUCCACCUUGCGUAGAUGGUCGGUGGCAUUGAGUUGGCUAUUGUGAGAACAGGAUGUUGGACUAGGUGGUCCAUUGGCCUGAUCCAGCAGACGCUUCUUAUGUUCUUAUCUUGUUCUCACAAUGGCCAACCAAAUGCCCACAGGAAGGUCACAAACAGGACCUGAGCUCAAUGACACAAUGCUCUUCCUGCAGUUUCCAGUCACUGGAAUUCAAAGGCACUUACUGCAUCUGGCAGUGCAAGCUGAACAUAGCCAUUGCAUACCCUCCAACAUCCCUCCAGAGAAAAUAGGGGCAUCCUAUUCCAUUUUUAUUUUUAUACCCCACCCAUCUGACUGGGUUGCCCCAGUCACUUUGCCUGGCUUCCAACAUAUAUGAAAACAUAAUAAAACAUUAAACAUUUUAAAAAAACUUCCCUAUACAGGGCUGCCUUCAGAUGUCUUCUAGAGGUUGCAUAACUACUUAUUUAAGCCAAUAAAGCAGAUUGAUUGGUUGGUGGAUUGUUACUUAUCUCCUUGGCUCAGGAGUCGCAUAACUCCAUGCCCUCCAACAUUUCUCUGAGGAAAAUAGGGACGUCCUAAGGAAAAGAGGGACAUUCUGGGAUUGUGUCAGAAACCAGGAUGGCUUUUGUGAACCCCCUAACUGUCCCUGGAAAAUAGGGACACUUGGAGAACCUUCCAUUACGAUACGAUAUGAUAAUCUUUAUUGUCAUAAUCCUAUACAGAACAACGAAAUUGAAAAAAUAUACAUCAGACAUUCAAAAACCCACAAGCCUGCUAUCCCAGCUAUCCCAGCCUGGUUAGCCCCUAAAAACUCUGAUACCCCAUAAUUGAAUACAAUAUACUCGCAUAAAGACUACCUUAAAGGUAAAGGGUAAAGCGACCCCUGACUAUUAGGUCCAGUCGUGGCGACUCUGGGGUUGCAGUGCUCAUCUCGCUUUACUGGCCAAGGGAGCCGACGUACAGCUUCCGGGUCAUGUGGCCAGCAUGACUAAGCCACUUCUGGCGAACCAGAGCAGCGCACGGAAACACCAUUUACCUUCCCGCCGGAGCGGAACCUAUUUAUCUACUUGCACUUUGAUGUGCUUUCGAGCUGCUAGGUUGGCAGGAGCAGGGACCGAGCAACGGGAGGUCACCCUGUCGUGGGGAUUUGAACCGCCGACCUUCUGAUCGGCAAGCCUAGGCUCUGCGCCACCCACGUCCCAGUGUACCCAGACUACCUUACACUGCGUUUAAAACCAAAAUCGCAUUUGGAUAGAAACUGUUUCUCAGGCGGCUAGUCCUAGUCUUUAUAACCCUGAACCUUCUUCCAGAAGGCAGAAGCUGAAAGAGAUGAUUUCUGGGGUGCGCACUAUCCUGCGCUAUCUCUGCAGCUUUCUUAUGGCACCUGGAAGCAUAGAUUUGAUCCAAGGUUGGAAGAGUGCACCCAAUUAUUCUCUCCGCAGUCUUUACAACCCUGGACAGCAUUGUUUUUUCCCCUGACCGUUGUGACUAGUAGCCAUUGAUAGCCAAUCUCCUCCAUGAAUUCGUCUCAUUCUCUUUUCAAGCCAUCUAAAUUGGUGGCCAUCGCUGCCUUUUGUGGGGCAAAUCCCACAGUUUGACUAAUAUGCUGUGUGGGAAAGAGCUUCCUUUUGUCUGUGCUGAAGCGGCAAAUGUUCGGCUUGCGUCGUUGGAUGGUGUUAGGUUUUCGUAUUAUGAGAAUCGGGGAGAGAGAGACUUCUCUCUAUCCACUUCCUCCACACCUUGCAUAAUAUUUGUACUGCAACAAUGCCCAGAAUCCACAGCCAUGUUGUACAAAGCAACACAAUCUGUUGUUGUGGGGAUAAUUCUAAAUACAUAUUCAUCUUUUGGCAGCCUGUGAUGUUUCCAUUGGCAGCUGCCUUUGUGUUACUGCUAGGGCUGCAUUGCUUAACUAACUCUUCUGUUCUAGUCUACAAAAGGCAUGCAAACAUAACACACACAGCUACAAAUAAACAUAAUUUGGGAAAAGAAAGGAAGGAAGGAAGGAAGGAAGGAAGGCAGGCAGGCAAGCAGGAUUGGGGGGAAAUCCAUAGUGUGGAAACACAGUCCCUGGAGGUGAAUUCAGAGUUUGCAUCCUAGAAUUGUAGAGGUUUAUAUGACUUGUAUCAUGGGUGCUUCCUGGUGACUCAUUUAUUGAGCCUUCAUCCUGAUUGGUUUGCAGGGAGAUUAGAGAACGUUGACUAUUUAACAAACCUUCACUCUGAUUUGUGGGGAGGUUAGAUGAUGUUGCAUCAAAGUAUGGGUUAUCCCAUGUGUUUCCUCCUCAGUUUCCUUAUCAAAGAAAAAUCUGAUUAUUUAGGGGGAGGGCCUUUUGUGCAAUCAACUGUAAUUGUGCAACCUGAAUUUCCUGGUAAUUUUGUGUGAAUCCCACCGAAAAAUAGUGGCAGGCUAUGACUCAGCCAAUGCACAACCCUCUGGUGAGCUGGUGUAGUCUUGUGAUUAGGAAGCAUGGCUAGAAAGCAGGGACUCUUGCCUCAUAUAUUGACCCUGCAAUGGACACACAACAGUUUUAUUUAUUUAUUUUUACAUUUGGCUGUUAAGGGUCUGUCCUUCCCUUCCUCUCAGAGGAGCCUAGUACAGCAAACAAGUAAACCACAAAGCAAUAUAAUUUGCAGGGUUUCUAAAACACAACCGAACACACAAACAAUUUUAUAUUUGUUCUUAAUGCUGAUUGUUGGUGAUGGCAAUGGUGACAACAACAACAAGUGGAACUGACUAGUUUGGAAGGCGGUGGACUCUCCUUCCUUGGAGGUUUUUAAAGCAAGUUUGGAUUCCACCAGGGGUUCUUUAGCUGUGAUUCCUGUAUUGCAGGGACUAGAUGACGCUCUGCGCCCAACUCUAUAAUUCAAUGUUUCUAUAAAUAAUAAUGAUGCAUACAGUGGUACCUCGGGUUACAUACGCUUCAGGUUACAUUCGCUUCAGGUUACAGACUCCGCUAACCCAGAAAUAGUACCUCGGGUUAAGAACUUUGCUUCAGGAUGAGAACAGAAAUUGUGCUCCGGUGGCACGGCAGCAGCAGGAGGCCCCAUUAGCUGAAGUGGUGCUUCAGGUUAAGAACAGUUUCAGGUUAAGAACGGACCUCCGGAAUGAAUUAAGUACUUAAUCUGAGGUACCACUGUAUUUGUUUUCCAUUGAUCUGUGGAUUUUAGCCAUGUCUUAGCCAUAAGUUUAUUUGUAGACAGUUUGGAGGGCCUUUUGGCCAAGCAGUUAAUACCUUUUCUAAAUAGAAAGAUCAAAGGCCACAAUAGAGAAAUAAUUUCAACGUUGCCAGGAGAAGUAUUUGUCAGCCAUUAGUGAACAGGAUUCUCCCCCCACCCCCGCAAUUCCACCCAAAUGUUAAUAAUGAGGGAGACAGACACACCUCACCAGGAACUGUAUUCCACACAUGAGGAACUGCCACCGCUAAGACCCUGCCAUCGUGGCACCACCAGCAGAGAAUGGCGUUCGGGGUGGGGCAGGGGAUGGCUGUGGUCUAAACCACUGAGCUUCUUGGGCUUGCUGAUCAAAAGGUCGGCGGUUCGAAUCCCUGCAACGGGGUGAGCUCCUCUUGCUCUGUCCCGCUCCUGCCAACCUAGCAGUUCAAAAACACGUCAAAGUGCAAGUAGAUAAAUAGGUACCACUCUGGCGGGAAGGUAAAUGCCAUUUCCCUGCACUGCUCUGGUGUCGGUAUUCCUUUGCGCCAGAAGCAACUUAGUCAUGCUGGCCACAUGACCCGGAAAAACUGCGUGCGCAGCAGACAAAUGCUGGCUCCCUCAGCCUGUAAAGCGAGAUGAGCGCCGCAACCCCAGAGUCGUUCGCGACUGGACUCUUAACUGUCAGGGGACCCUUGACCUUGACCUUUAGGGAAUGGCAACCCCUUCGCUAAGUGCCGCAGUGGCAAAUGGAGCUAUCAUAUCUUUGGAAGGAAAUUUAGGUCAACACACUUUUGAAGACUCCUCACUAUCUGGUGCACAAUGUUUUCUAGCUAUAGAGAAAUGGAGAAUCGUGGCUCCGUCGUAUGGAGGAAAUGGGAUUUGAGUACAGUACUUAGAUUCAGAAGGGAAGUUCUGCAGUGAUUUUAAUGCCAGCAAGGAGAUGUAGGUUUACCUGCCAGACGAUGCUGAGACAAGAAGAUAACAGAGAGCUUAGAGGAAUUUGGACGAUCCGACAAGUACUGCAAACAGUACAAGGAGGAGGAAAAAACCAAAUCCACAUAGCAAUGGAGAGCUACAUUGACAUGGUAAAUGAGAGAUUAGGUGUAAGACAGAAGAACUAUGAGGAAGACAGCAGAACUGCGUGGAUGAAUAUUUUCACAGAAAUGAUGCAUGGUGCCAAAUGCAGUGAGGAGCAUUUCUCUUGCUUCCUAAUGACCAGUAGUGGACAGAGGAUGUUUCUGGAACAGGGCACAGCCCUACCAUGCAAUGAAGUGGAGCAGACUGCUUCAGGUGGCAGAAUUCAGAGGGCUAGGAGAAGGAAGAAAUCAAUGCCUAAAUGUUGCUGCGAUGUUUAAAAGUAUCACCUCAAACACAAGUAGUAGUAGUAGUAAUAAUAAUAAUAAUAAUAAUAAUAAUAAUAAUAAUAAUUUAUUAUUUAUACCCCGCUCAUCUGGCUGGGUUUCCCCAGCCACUCUGGGCGGCUUCCAACCGAAUAUUAAAAACAAUACAGCAUCAGACACUAGAAACUUCCCUAAACAGGGCCGCCUUCAGUUGUCUUUUAAAAAUAAAAUAGUUGUUUAUCUCUCUGACAUCUGCUGGGAGGGCGUUCCACAGGGCAGGCGCCACUAUCGAGAAGGCCCUCUGCCUGGUUCCCUGUAACCUCACUUCUUGCAGUGAGGGAACCAUCAGAAGGCCCUCAGUGCUGGACCUCAGUGUUUGGGCAGACUGAUGGGGGUGGAGAUGCUCCUUCAGGUAUACUGAACCGAGGCCGUAUAGGGCUUUAAAGGUUCACUUUGAAUUGUGCUUGGAAACGUAAGGGGGGGGGGGGACAAGUGCUGCUCUUGAGGUAGCAAAGCGUCUUGGGCUACAAAGUUCUGGAGGAAGCUGAAAAUAAUUGCUCAGCAGCUUUUGAUGACUAGAAGAGUUGCUUUUUAAAGAGCCUUGAUGGCUUGUGGUUCCUAGCUGUUACAUAUAUGGUUGACCGGGAUGAGGGUGGCAGCUGGAGAGAAAAAGUUGAAUGUUGAAAUGUAUCAGAAAAGAAGACCUAGUCUAGUCAAAGGUCUUCCCUGUCAUAGAGGCAGGGUGUGUGGGGAUGUUUAGGAAUGCGGGGGAGGAUAUAUUGUCUAAGAUAUCCUAUCCCAACUUGUCUUUAUAAGUUCCACAAAAUCAGCAGAGUUAACAUUCCCCCUUUUUAAACACACGCACAGCAGAUAGCUUGCUCAGACUCGUUAGAGUCUCUGUAAACAUUUCCUGGUAUUUUCCCUGUUUAAUCCCUCCUAAAAUAAGAUGCUACACAGUCUUCUGCAAAGUAUAAAAGGUUUACUCACAAGUAAGCAUCUGUUCACACAAAGGUUCCCAGAAGGCAGACUUAAAAGGUUAGAACAUAGUUUAAAUGUGGUGACUAUCUCCUUAUGGGAGAAAGCCCCGCUAUUCUCUUGGCCUGGAGCCAAGGUUGCAUUUUAGUAGUGCUGUCAUUAAGAUGGCAUCGAUAGAGACUAGAUGGUCGCCAGCCUGUGGUUCUGGUUCUUUUUACUUCAGGAGAGGCCACGCCCAUCUCAAGUUACACAUAGGAAGUUUCGUCUCAGUCCUGGAAAGCAGGAAGUUCUGGCUGGAGGACUGAGACAACCUUCAUAUCUACUCUAGCAAUGUUGUGUUUGACUGCACCUGAUUCUUACAUCCCACAGUGUGUACCUCCAUAAACAAAGGUGGGUUAAAAGGAUCCCAGACUACAUACUUGAUCCUUUAGGGGGAGUGCAAUCCCACCCAGAAAAGGUUGAAUAUCACAUCUUUCUAUAAAGCAUCCAACUAUCUGAAAAUACACCUUAUCCCAUACUACCUGCCCGUGCAUUAAGAUCAGAAGAUGAGAUCUACUUGGUUGUCCAAGCAGAUACAACAUUUGGAAGCCCAGAGAAGGGCCUUUUCAGUGGUGGCCCCCCGCAUGUGGCACUCCCUCCCUACUGAGGUGUGUCUGGCCCUGUUUCCUUAUACCCAUUAGGCAGCUGGUUAAGGCUCACCCUUUCUGCUGGGCAUUAGUAGGAGGAAACAUCUGAUUAAACAAAUGGAUUUGUUUCGGCUGCUGGUACUGGUAAUUGCUAUUUGGAGAUUUGUUAUGCAAAUGUUAUUUUAAGGAUUGUGCUAUUCCUUGAUUGUGUGUAUUCCUUUUAUCUGAUUUGCUUUUUUUUUUUUUUUUUGCAAACCACCCUGUCACUUGUGCAAAAGGCACAAGUAAUCGAAAUAAAUGAAUCCAAAGCUAGCCCUAUCGUUAGACAGAGUGAGGCUGGUGCCUUUGGAACCCGAUUUUUUUUUGGGGGGGGGUCUUGUGAAAGGGCUAGUUAUUUAAUUUAUCAUCAUUGCAUUUUUACUGCCGGGGAAUGGUGGAGUGACUUGUGGGAUUAUCUGCCUCAGGUGCCAAAAUAACUUGAUUGGCCUUGGACAUUACGUAUCUUGACUGUUUGUGUGUGUGUAUUUGUUGCUAUGCUGAAGGCAGCAAAAUGUAUUGGGCAAGCCCUGCUUCCUUGGCUGGUUGUCUGAAGGAAGUUUCUGCUUGCCACCAGGUGAACAGCAACUUACGAAGCCUGUUUAGGAUACAGGAGACCAGUUCUCAGGGAAAUUGGCUUCUGAUGCUGAUUUGAUGGAUGUGCGUGUAGCUUGCUUCAUUUCCUCAGCAGCAGCUCAGAAGACCUCAGUGCAUUAAUGUUCCCUGUGAAAACCAUGACAAACCUUACAAAUGGAAAACCAACACAAUUAGCUCUGAAGUACUCCCAUUUCCUAUAGCUUCCUGAGAAAGUGCUACUUCUGCUUAAGCCCUUGAAGGAAAGUUUAUGAGCAUUGAUUCCUGUAUGCUAUAGAAGAGGGCAAUGAAUUCUGAGUGGAAUAAAUAUAUAUGCCAUGGAUGGAGAACGUGUGGUUCUCCAGGUGUUGCUGAACUCCAGCUCCCACCAUUCCUGAUCAUAGACCAUGCUGGCUGAUGGGAGUUGGGCUCCAGCAAUGUCUCCAGAAGCUCCUUUUAUUGUAGUACAUAAGGAUGUGGUACAUCGUAGGAAGUGGCCUCACACCCAGUCCGACCAUUGGUCCUUCUAGCUAAGGGGUCAGCAAACUUUUUCAGCAGGGGGCUGGUAAACUGUCCCUCAGACCUUGUGGGGGGGCCAGACUAUAUUUUGAAAAAAAUAUAUGAAUGAAUUCCUAUGCCCCACAAAUAACCCAGAGAUGCAUUUUAAAUAAAAGGACACAUUCUACUCAUGUAAAAACACGCUGAUUCCCGGACAGUCAGUGGGCUAGAUUUAGAUGACGAUUGCCCCCAGGCCUUAGUUUGCUUACCCAUGUUCUAAAUAUUGCCUACACAAAGGCAGAAGCUUUCCAGGUCUUCAGACAGUUCCCCCAGUCUUACUAGGAGUUGCCAGGGAUUGAACCAGAAAUGCUCUGCUUGCAAAGCAGAUGUUCUACCACUGAGCUUACAUCUCUUCCUUGAAUUUCAGCAGAUGCAACUUUUCCUGUAAGUGGGACCAACACCCCCUUGCCUUCAUCACUAAGACACAGGAGCCCCUCUCAUUCUGAGACUGAAUCUGUGGCUUCCUUAACUCUAAAAACAAAGUGGAAUGAUCUAGUGAAAGAGGCACCGCUCUCAGUGAAGUGUGUCUUCUGAUUUCAUGCAACUCUUAAUGCCAUUGGGUGUUCAGAAGUCUACGAUCUGCCAGUGCUAAGCUGGUGUGGGGUGGAGAAUACUUAAAAAGAUGGGAUGGGAUGAAUAUUCUAUGGAGAGCCAGAGGGAAAGGAAAAUUUAGUUUGUACAAGUUGCUCUUAGGCAAUCCCCCAGAGAGAGACCGCAAAAAGUUUGCAGAGGUAGCCUGGGGGUGAAACGAGCCUGAAGCAUUUGUUUAGAGUGUCUCAGUUUAUGUAAGAUUUAUAACCGAGCAUUUAAGCUAUAGGAUAUUUAAUUUGAAUUACCCUUCUCAGACACUUCCCUCCCUCAAAUGCACUGUAUAUGUUAAUGGGGAAACAGAUAUUGGUUGCACAAUAUUUAAUUUCAAAUCCUAUGUGAGAGAGACAUGCUAACAACUGACGGCUUUAAAUUGAAGGCUCAUUUGGCCUCUGAAAUGUCACAGGGGAGCAUUGUUGAUCCCUCGUUUCCCCUCGGUAUUGGGCCACGAGGAGUGGUGUGGCGGCAGAAAAGAGAAGGGAGUUUUGCUCAGGAAACAAGGGAAAUGAAGUAAUCCUUUUGGACGCCGGCUUAGAAGAAAGCUGACGGCAGCAAAGCUGAUUUGUAACAUUUGCUGCUGUACACAGCAGGGAAUUGGUAGAGGAGGAAAACGGCAUAAUGCUUGGAGCAUCUCCAGAAUGGUAAUCAAGAUGCAGUAUGGGAAGAAGAGGGGGAGACAGGGAAUAAUCCACAUUGCAGUGUGCAAAGGGAUUCCGCGCUGCUGAAUGAGCUGCUGUGAAGUUAGGGAAGAGUGGGCAGAAGACCUCUUGUUGCCAUUGGCUGAGCAGCUCAGGGCCUCAGAGAGAGCAGGGCAGGAAGAAAGAAAAGAGUCGGGUAGGAAAAAAACGGGGAGAGUGAAGUCAAUGGAAGGAAAGGCAAGGAGAGGGCCAAAGAAGACAAAAGUCCAGGGAAUGCAGGAAGUCCAGGAAAGGGGGGUUGGGGCAAAGAGAGGAACAAAGGCUGGAAGGUGAAGUUUGUAAGGGAAAGGAAGACUCAGAAGAAGAAAGGGGAGCUCAAAAUCAUAUAGUCAAAGUCUCCUGGUCUUCUCAGUCAUUGGUGGAAAAUGGUUGAAGGGAAAAGAAGCUGGAUACUUCUGCCACUGGUGUGAUGUGCUCGUUGCAGUGAGAAAAAGCUUGCUGCCAUAUUUUCAACCAACCGUAUGGCAUUAAACAGUAAUCUAGGCUGGAUAUGAGCAACGCAACAGCAAAGUGUUCCUUCUCCUAGAAGGGACCCCCGACUGCCCACUGAACUCAUGGGACAUUCAGUUUUCCUGUUCCCAUCUAAGCAGAUGCUUCUGUGCUCCGCAUGUACUGGAGAUUCCCUGGUACUAAAGUAUCAGUUGAACACUAGAGCAGCCCAUAUGAACCACACGACAAUGGAGAGCAGUGCUUAUGGUGCAGCACUCAAUCUACUUAAAUUGCUGCAUCGCAGCAGUAAUACCCAAAGUGAGCUCAAGUCUCCCAGCUAUAUGUAAAUUCUGGCUCUGAGAUCACAUUGCUCAUUCCUUAGGCUGGCCCCAAAUUUGGCUUUCCAAAGGAAGGCCACUAGAGCUUUGUAGCAGCGGUGCAUUUAUAAGCAUAAGUGCACUUAAUCAUAUACCUUGAAAUGAAAUCUCUCUGAAUGAAGAGUGGGGAUCCUUGAAUAUGUAUGCUGCUAACAUUAACACCAGAAAAGAAGGAUUAAAGAGCUCAUGGGGCUUUAGGGGCUAAGCUCUUUAUAAGUCGCUCAACUUGAAAUGUCUCUCUCUGUGGGUUCAUUUGCUUGCAGAAUUCCCACCCGCUUAUGAUUUACGGCUCUCAGCAGUCAUGCAAACACUUUAAGUGUUAAUUUUGGACAGAGGUGGGCCAGGGAAUCUCCAAGCUCCAAAGCCCACCUGUCCCAAAGUGACUUCUCUUUUCACACACAUUUCUUUCUUUAGAUUUGGCAGGUAGGGUAAAUAGCUGGUUUUUCUCUUGGGGCUGGACUUGCCUCUUUGUGUCCAGUUCUGUGGGCACUUGAGGGUUUGCAAAGGAAACAGGCAGUCCAGUCACAAGUCCAAACUAAGCAGAGAACUUUCAGGACCUUGGAGAGCUCCAAGGGGCCCUGCUAAGAGAAGUUGUCCCUGCAGGGAGCCAGGGCCAAUAGGAUCUGAACUGGCAGUGACUGACCAGGAAUGAAACCUUGGGGUCAUAAUAGGCAGCUCAACAAAGAUGUUGACCCACUGUGCAGCAGCUGUGAAAGGGGCAUAUUCCAUGCUACGGAUAAUUAGGAGAGGAACUGAAAAUAAAAUUGUCAAUAUCAUAAUGCAAUUAUACAAAGCUAUGGUGUGGCUGCACUGGGAAUACUGUGUGUACUAUGUACAGUUCUGGUUGCCUCACCUCAAAAGGGAUAUUGCAGAGUUGGAAAAAGUUCAGAAAAGGACAACCAAAAUGAUCAAGGGGAAAGGUAACAACAUCUGAGGCUUUUUAGUUUAGAGAAAAUGCAAGUGAGGGGAGACAUUAUAGAGUUCUCUCUCUCAGAAUCCUGGAAGUCAUUGGCACUAAAAGAUCACAGAUCUACAUCUGUCGAAUUGUAGAGUUGGAAGGGACCCCAAGAAUCAUCUAGUUUCAACUCCCUGCCAUGCAGGAAUAUGUAGCUGUCCCUUACAGGGAUCAAACCUGUAACCCUGAUGUUAUCAGCACCAUGCUCUAACCAACUGAGCUAUCCUACUGCCAAAGAGAAUUAGGCAAAUUCAUGGAGGAUAAGGCCAUGAAUGGUGGCUUUGUUCUGCUCUCACAGUCUCAGUAUGCCUCUGACUACUAGCUGCUGGGAGUUGCAAGUGGGAAGAAUGCUGUUAGGCUCCUGUUUGUGGGCUUCCUCCACAGGCACCAGGUUGGCCACUGUGAGAAUAGGAUGCUGAAUGAGGUAGGCUGUGGCCUUAUUCAGCAAGCUCUCAUUAGGUUCUUAUGAAGCCUUAUGUAGGCCAAUCAGGCCUGAAGUGGGGGUAGGCUUUGCCUUAGAGCAUCUGGCUGGCUAGUUAAAGGUCCCUUGAGUUAUUUCAUAACCUUUGGGGGGGGGACAGAGGUUCUGUAGGAGACACAUUCUCUGAGUUGGAGGGUGGUGGCAGGGCUGUGUCUCCAGCUGGGAUGGCUCCAAAUGAAGUAGUCUGAAAGUCGUCCUCAUCUGAGUCUUGUGCUGCUCAUGGCAAGUUUCCCAGGUGGCCUCUUAGCUGAUAAUCUCUAGCUUAAUGUACUGGGAUGAAAAGUAGCAAAAUGUGUGAGACCUUUUUUUAAAGAAGAAGAAGAAACAUUGCAGACAAAUAAAGGAGCUUCAGUUUUACUCCUGUACUGAAAUAAACUCCAGUGUUUUACAGGUUUGUAAUAUAAUUAUCCAAGAUUUUGACUAGACUGAUUCGAUAAUGAUGUGUAGAAAAGGGCAAUUUAAACUUGGCAUGGGAAGAAGGAACACUUGCCUCGUUGCUUCCUGCUAAAUGAAACAUCUUCAGCUGUUGAAUCUCUCUCCCUUUUUUUACUGUGGAAUUCUUUUGCCGGAGCGUUCCUGCAGUGAGUCAGUAAUGAUUCUGAAUGCAAGAGCUAGUUAUUUAUAAUUUAGACUGUAAUUAAUUAUGAGCCCAUGGCUCCCUCUCCUUUCACGUACAACUUCCAGCAUAAGGCAUAUGGUCACUUAAAGAUGAAAGAACAACAUCAUCGAAGGGGGGGAAAACAAAACACUUCUGUAAAGCAAUUGCAUGUGGUUGAUGCCGUUCAGCAAUCUCCAUGAUAGCUAAUUAGUCUUCAGUGGCUAGACAUAUGUUCAGUUGAGAACCAUGUAGGAAGGCAAGAUUAUGUGAUCUGACCAUCUUCAGUUAUUCAGAAUCUCAGAAGAACAUAGGAAGAUCCCCACUCUUUCAGAACCACAGUCUUAUAGAAACAAAUGAAAUCAACUUGUCACUUUUAAAGCACCACUAACUCAAGCUCCAUGGAGGUCAAGUGGGUGGAAGCCCAAGCAAAUCUUUACGUUGCUGAGUUUUUCCAUGUCGGGCCUAAGUUUUGCAUUCCUGGUGGCUCAAAAUAUUCUACAUAAAUAUUAGAGGAAUAUUACAGGUCUUCUUCAGCAGAAAGUACAAAAUCCAGCCUUUGUUCUUGGCAGCAGAAUAGUUCAUGUUUCUGUUCAUUUUUAGUCAGUGUCCUGGGCAUUAAUUAGCAUUCAUACAGAACUAAGCAAACAAUCCACAAUGGGGUUUUUUUAAUUCCCUGGGGACCACUUGGGAAGCUCACAUGUUCCCAAGGCAAACAAAGUAAGGAAGAAAGCUGUGCAGAUUCAGAGCUUUCUCAAACCAACUGGCCAACAGUAUAAGCAAAGUCUUUUCUAACAAGCCCUGCUUGCUGUUCCCCUAUCAUCUGCUUCCAAAAUAGCUCAGCAGCAAAGCAUCUAUUUUGUAUGUGGGAGGUCCCAAGUUCAAUCCCUGACAUCUCCAGAGAAAACGAAAAUGAAAUCUUCGUGGUCCUAUCAGAGUAGACUGAGGAUGGGAGGACCUGCCAAUAUUGGUUCUCUCAUGGUUCCCAAUUCACAUUUCUGCAGCAAUAUGCAUUUUGUUUUCACCACAGUAAAAAGCUCACAUGAAAAUUCUUUAGCAUUUUUGUGUGAGUAUCUCCUCAUAAACUUUUUUUUUGUCUGAAGUUUUGACUAAAGCACACAUUUUUGCAAGCAAUUUCCUCUAAUGUGAUGAAUGUCUAAUAUGAUGAAUGUCUAAUGUGAUGAAUGUCUAAUAAUGAAUGUUUUAAUUGUUUUAGCCCACCCUGUUAUCUAAGGGUGAAACAAGAAUGAUAAGAGAAUCAUAGAAUCAUAGAAUUGUAGAGUUGGAAGUGUCCCCAAGUAUCAUCGAAUCCACACACACACACACACACACACACACACACACCCUUCAAUUUUGGAAUCUUAGCUAAAGCAUCCAUGACAGAUGGCCAUCCAACCUCUACUUAAAAACUCCCAAGAAAGGAUAAUUGCAUAAUAUGGAGCUAAUUGCAUAAGUACGGUAAUUAUUGUAUGUUGAUUUCACUAACACAUUCAUUUUUGUGCACAAUUUCCUCUAAUAUACGUAUUUCUGUAAUCACUGCUCGAUUGGAGAACUGCGUUGCAAAAUUCAAUGAUGUGUGAAUUUCAGAGGAAGGCUAUGUUUCAGUUCUUGUGCCGUUUCAGAAAGUGUGGGUUUAAAAGAUUUGCCUGUGAAUGUGAACUGAAUCGAAUCUCUCCCCCACCCCUACUUCCAGAUGCCUUAGUGUUCAGCGUAAACAAGAGCACGUGGUGUUUAUCAUUUUGCAAGUGAGUAAAGCUUUCCCUCCUUCCUUCCCAGGGUAUCAGCAGUCUCUUCAGUUCCUUAAAAGUGGUGCGUCUCCUGCGACUGGGCCGCGUGGCCAGGAAGUUGGACCAUUACCUGGAAUAUGGUGCUGCGGUUUUGGUGCUGCUGGUCUGUGUCUUUGGACUAGUAGCCCACUGGCUUGCUUGUAUAUGGUACAGCAUCGGGGACUACGAGGUCAUCGAUGAGAUCACCAAUACCCUCAAGAAGGACAGCUGGCUCUGCCAAUUGGCGGAGAGCAUUGGAACGCCAUAUCGGUACAACUCUACGGGAUCAGGGCAGUGGGAAGGAGGACCCAGUAAAGACUCGCUUUAUAUCACUUCCCUCUACUUUACCAUGACAAGCCUUACCACAAUAGGAUUCGGGAACAUAGCUCCGACCACCGAUGGAGAGAAGAUCUUCUCAGUGGCCAUGAUGAUGGUGGGCUGUAAGUAG